GAGAGAGAGAGAGAGAGGGAGCCUUCGCUGGGAAGCCAACUGCACUGAACUGCAGCAACAUCACCCCCCCUCCAGAUCAAAUAGCCCAAGCCACCAACAGCACACAGCAAAAGAGGAGAAAGUGACCACAACUUCACAGUGCGAAUCAGGACAGCACCUUCCUACCACUCCAGGCGCAAGCCUGCCAAGAUUUGAGCCGGGAUUAAACUGAACAACUCAAAGAAGACUUAUUAUUCUUGUUAUUUUUUUCCGUGGGGAGGGGAAGAUGGAUCCUCUGUCCCUUCCCCAACCCCACUUGAGCCUGUCGCCAGCUCCCAUGGGAUAGAAGGGUUUGACAUUAAAUUCACUUGUAUUGGAUAUUCCUGGGCAUUAGUGGUUUUUUUUUUGUUUUCUUUUAGAAAAAGAGGAACUAUAUUUAUAUAUACAUUUUCCUCCAGAGGAGUAGGGGGAAAGUUGGAUAUUCUUCUUUUUUUUCUUCCCCCUGCUUGUUUCCAAAGAUUUCUGCCCUUGUGGUUAAAAUGGAGCGGUGGAUUCACGACCCCAGGGCCAGCACAGCCCAAGUCUUGUGGGAAAAGAAGGAAGAUCUAAGGAGGAUCCCUACUUUCUCGGGACUUACAGGAAGGUUUUGGGAUUUGGUGGGAUCCAUGCAGUGAGAGGUAAGUGAUGAACGGGGUGAUGAGGCAGUUGCAAAUCGAUGCAUACCAAUGUAUAAUAUAUGUACACAGCUGCAGGGGGCUGUAUCGGUCUAGCAAGUUUUUCGGAAGGAACUGAAAAGAGCCAUCUCAUAGUGAAUUACUCAGUCAUGCCACAAUCUGUAGCUAUGAAAUGAAGGCAGAGAAUCGAGGAAUGGGAUGGAAGGAGCAGCUUCCGGGAACCGGAGGAAUCCUCAAAGGUGAAAUAGCACCAGCGUGGGCUGGCUUUGAGUCACAGAAUCAUGAGAGAUAGAAGAGACCUUUGGAGAUAAUCUAGCACAGUUCAGCCUUCUAGUUUUUAACUACACACACACACACACAGAGGCUACAGAUGCGUUUUAAAUAGAGGGCAGACUCAGCCUCGCUUGCGAGAGAAAGCAGAACUAAUAUCUGUUGAAUGAUCCUCAGAGUGUAUACUCUUUGCUCAAGUAGCAAAAGUCAAUGGCUUGCUGGAACCGGCCGAGACCUAACCAGUUCGCUGUCCUUUGCCAGGAUCCCAGUAACCUGUAGAUAUUAGGCAUGUGAUCCAGUAGAGGCCACCAGCCAGUGGUCCGUUGAUGAACUGCGGUUGACCUUUUUGCCCCCUGUGCUGAGGCCAGAUCCAUUGCCACAGGAAACAGGCACUUAUCUAGGGGGUAAAGCCCACCUUAGGCACAGGGGGGCUUCUGAGUAAACUGCAAAGAACUGAGCUACUAAACUAAUAGUAAUAAGAAGAGCAAUUAUUAUUUUUAUUUGUAGGAUUUAUUGAAUGCCCUUCCCCAUCAUAUUCCAGGGUGCGUUCUGAUAAUAUCAUCAUGCAAUUAUAAAAAGAAGUAAAUAGUGAUAAAGGCAGUGUUAUAUCCAUGGAAAACACCCCCCCCCAAAAAAAAUCUUGGGAACUGUAGUUUACCCCUUAGAGGUACAAUUACCAGCACCCUUGUUUCUAGGCUUCUUGGGUGGGAGGGAAAUUGCUUUCAAUGGAUGUUGCAAACAUAGCCAAAAUGGGCUGAUCCAGGCGAAGCAAAACCGGACAGUAUGGAUCCAAUGAAAGAAGUGUUUCCCACAAAACAAAAUACCUUACCUGUGAAAUGAAAGGGUAAAGGUGACAAUAAAGACAGACCUCUAGGCAACUGCUUUAAGAGGGCGUGGUGCUCUAAAUUUACAGACAGGUAAAUAUUUUGGAGGGUGCUCCAAACAGUGCAGAGUUCAAUAUUCCGAAAGAGGGAAGAUCUGGAGUAAGGCAGGAUCUACAUGAAAAGAGUGCAGGAAAAUAAGGGAAAGUAGAAAAAUAAAAAUAAAAAAGCAGCAGAGGUUUUCCCAUAGCCAUCCUCCUCUGGUCCUCUGGCCUGAGAGAUCAUUUACAUUGGUGAUAUGUGCUCUGCACUAAAAUAAUUGGGAGACUGAAAUAGCCUUUUAAAACACUUGCUGUUUCUAACUGUCUAAAGUUUACACCAUGUUAAACAUUGCAACCCUAUAGACAUUUAUCUUUGAGUAAGUCCCAGCAAGCUGAAUGAGUAGGCGUGUACAAGAUUGCACUGUAAAUCCUUUAUAGUCUCUGCACUGCUUUAAAAACAAAACAAAACCAGGGGGUUUUUUUUGUUCCAAACUCCUUUGCGAUGUCUGUGAUCGUGACCUCUGCGUUUCUGGAUCUGCUUUGAAACGUUCCCAAAGCUCGUGUGCUUUUGUGUGUGUGUUUUGCGCACACAAGAUCGCAAAAGUGACAGUGCUAAAUAGACACACUUAUUAGGGAGUAAGCCCCAUAGAACAUAGUGUACAUAAUAAUAUGUACACAGGAUUGUGCUGUUAGCCUCUGUUCACCAUCCUGAAUGUUCACCUCUCUCUGAACUCACUUGAACCACUUUUACAGAUUUGGAGAAUGACAAAAAAAAAAAAAGUGUUUAAAGGGCAAAGAUUAUGGUUGUACCGGCUGGCACCAACCCCCCAUCCCCCAUUAGAACUGUAAUAAUAAUAAUAAUAAUAAUAAUAAUUUGUACCCCACCCCUCUGACUGGGUUGCACCUUACUUCUGAGGAAUGAACAUUGAAUACACUGGGACUUCCAUUUGCUAAAACAUGUAUAAGAUUGUGCUAAAUGUGAGGGUUUUCUUUUAAAAAAUAAUUUUUAUUGAGUUUCAGAACAAACUCAAUAAUAUACUGAAUAAAACCAUACUGUAUUCGGGAGGAAGGGGAUCAGUCCUCCUCCUAAAUGAGAGGUUUGUUUAAAAAAAACCCACCCUGUUUUUAUAAGCAUCCCUUGAAAGUAAUUUGAUUUUUCAUUAUUAUACUGAAUGCAUUUUAAGUCUGCAAAUACAUACAUGCAUUUAUUAAUGGUGUUGAAGAGGCAACAAACACAUCUACGUUAAAUGAUUAUGGGUUUUAUUCGAGGCUAUCCCUACCCAGAGGAGCCCUAUUGAAAUUAAUGGGCGUGACUCCUUCAGGUCCAUUAAUUUCAAUGAUUCUGCUCAACAUAGAACUUAGUUGGUUACAGCCCAGUGAGAACAUGUUAGAAUUCAGCUAGGGUUUUUUUGAGGGGGCAGUACCCUUUGAGAAGAGAAGGAGGCUAUCAGGCUAGAUUUCCUCUCACCAAAUUACCUGUUUUAAGACUCCAUUCCUAGAGAUGUUUCUCACCCCCUACCCCGUUUCUUCUGGAGUAAUGAAUUGCCUUGUCUUAUGUCUUUAAAAGCAAGGAAAGAGUCUUAGAAAUGUAGAGUUGAAAGGGACCACAAGGGUCAUCUAGUCCAACCCACCGACAUAUGACUCGAACCCACGACCCUCAGAUUAAAUGUCUCUCGGUCUACCAACUGGGCCAGAUUUAAUUCAGCAGCCACCAGCGGCUGACCCCGCGUUACUAAUAGUACUAAUUGUAAUGGCAUUUGUAAUGUGAAAUGGAUUGUGAUGAUUAGGGAUAUACAAUAGUUGGAUAAAGCAUAAGAUGAAGAAAACUUAAACUUUAAAUAUAAGAACCUAUGGUUGAGAGGGGAGGGAUUCUGAAGGUUCAGAGGACCUUGUAAUUUAAUGUUUGAAUUGGUUAGAGUUAAAGUGUAUAAAAAUGUGAAAAGCUAAUAAGAAAUUUAUAAAAAAUUAAAAUAAAAUUCCCUAUAACUCAAAAAAGAAAAAAAAGAGCUACUAAUUCCAAUGACACAACUAGGAAGUUUCCUACAUAAUAUACAUGAAUCAUUCAUCCAGAAUAAGAGAAAUAACUUUUGCAACUGGUACUCUAAACCCAAAUAGAUAGAUGAUAGAUAGAUAGAUAGAUAGAUAGAUAGAUAGAUGAUAGAUAGAUAGAUAUAGAUGAUAGAUAGAUGAUAGAUAGAUAGAUGAUAGAUAGAUACUGUAGAUAGAUGAUAGAUGAUAGAUGAUAGAUAGAUGAUAGAUAGAUAGAUAGAUAGAUAGAUAGAUAGAUAGAUAGAUACCGUAUUUUUUGCUCUAUAAGACUCACUUUUCCCCUCCUAAAAUGUCAGGGGAAAUGUGAGUGCGUCUUAUGGAGCGAAUGCAGGCUGCGCAGCUAUCCUAGAAGCCAGAACAGCAAGAGGGAUUGCUGCCUUCACUGUGCAGUGAUCCCUCUUGCUGUUCUGGCUUCUGAGAUUCAGAAUAUUUUUUUUCUUGUUUUCCUCCUCCAAAAACUAGGUGCGUCUUGUGGUCUGGUGCGUCUUAUAGAGCGAAAAAUACGGUAGAUAGAUAGAUAGAUAGAAAGACUGGUUCUAUACAGAGCAGAUCCUAAGUUAGCUAUGCCUAUGAAUUUCAAUGGAUACGACUAGCGCGCAAUACAACCCAAAAUCUUCCUCUGUGUGUCUUGCAACCCACACUCCAUCGGUUACCUCCUUGCUUAUCCACCUUCCUGUCAAUCUCAGAUAGCAAUGAGCUGACAAUGUAUUCCUGUCCCCACUGGGCAAGCUGAAAACUAUAGUGCUAAUCAGGAAAAGCAAAAUCACACAUCUAAAAAGACAUUGUGCUACAGGAAUAGCAACAUCUCUCUACAAGAGCUGGCAAUGAUAAUUUCCCCUCCGAGUAUUAUAUUUGGAAAGUGCCUUCAAUUACCACCUUAAUGUCUCGCUGGCUGGCUUGGUGUGGCGGACUAGAAUAGCAGGCAUCUUUGAGGAGCAAGAAUCCUAGAGGGAAAUGUACUGGCAGAGUAGCACCUAAGCGUGUCGAUUUCAGACCUGUUAAAGCAGCAGGAGUGUGAUCACAGCAAAGCUGCAAGGCUGUGUGUGUUUUAGAAACCUUUGUUCCGAUGGCAGCCGCCUGCUCUGUAAGAACAGCGUAAGCGAAGAAUCUAUUUUUGCCGCCUGUUCUUAGAAAGAUCUGUGGCAGCUUAUUUACCAGCACAUAUUGUUGUUGUUGUUUAGUCAUUUAGUCGUGUCUGACUCUUCGUGCCCCCCUGGACCAGAGCAUGCCAGGCACUUCUGUCUUCCACUGUCUCCCGCAGUUUGGUCAAAUUCAUGCUGGUAGCUUCAAGAACACUGUCCAACCAUCUCGUCCUCUGUUGUCCCCUUCUCCUUGUGCCCUCCAUCUUUCCCAACAUCAGGGUCUUUUCCAGGGAGUCUUCUCUUCUCAUGAGGUGGCCAAAGUAUUGGAGCCUCAGCUUCAGGAUCUGUCCUUCCAGUGAGCACUCAGGGCCGAUUUCCUUAAGAAUGGAUACGUUUGAUCUUCUUGCAGUCCAUGGGACUCUCAAGAGUCUCCUCCAGCACCAUAAUUCAAAAGCAUCAAUUCUUCGGCGAUCAGCCUUCUUUAUGGUCCAGCUUUCACUUCCAUACAUCACUACUGGGAAAACCAUAGCUUUUACUAUAUGGACCUUUGUUGGUGAUGUCGCUACUUUUUAAGAUGCUGUCUAUUUUUUUUUUUUAAGAUGCUGUGUAUAUUGAGACAUGACAAUUUUUAGGGAAAUGGUCCAUACCGAGAGGUUGGGGGUUGGAGUUCUUACAACCAAAGUCUGAGUGCACAGGGGGUUGGGCAGCUAAUAGCCUCCUCAGACUGGAAAUCUGGGCACAGAAACAUCACUCAUACCUUCAUAGAUCCAAAGCCCACAUCUUUGAAUUGUCCAUGGAAAACGGUAUUGUCAAAUCCUAUAAAAAUAGCUCCCCCAUCCCCACUGGUACUUCAGCAAAUCUGCAGCCUGGACUCUAAACUAAUAUUUGCCUCUCCCAGGAAGUUGGAACCCCUCUAUCUAAUUAUUAAUAAUUGUGCUCGCAUGUCUUGCCCAUCCACUGAGAAACUCAGGGCAUCUCUACAGGUAAAGUUAUCCUCAUGUUCACCCAGGUUCCAGCCUGAACUGUUACUAUACCACACCUGAGCGAUGGAGGGAAGAGGCUGCCCAAGGGAUUGGUCCAAGAUCACCCAGUCUUUUUCAGAGCUGCAUGGGGAUUUGAACCCAAGGCUCACCACUCCAGCUGCAAAACAAGCCACACUACCUUUCAAAGCCCAUGGCUACUUUACUGUGAACUCUGAAAGAUGUUCUCCCUUAUACAAGGCACUGCUGUCCUCUGGAGGAGCGAGCAGAAGAAGUUAGCACAUCAAACCAUUGGUCUUUCCGGCUCAGUAUUGUCUACAUCAGGGAUGGGGAAGUUGUGGCCCUCCAGAUGCUAUUGGACUACAGCUACCAUCAUCCUUGACCACUGGCCAUGCUGACUGUGGCUGGCUGGUGGGAGUCCACAAUAUAUGGAAGCUACUGUGUUGUCUACCCUUGGUCUAGACCAGUGCUCUUCAGCCUUGGGUCUCCACGUGUUCUUGGACUACAACUCCCAUCACCCCCAGUCAUCUUAGCCGAUGGUGAUGGAUGCUGGGAGCUGUAGUCCAACAGCAUCUCAGGACCCUAGAUCAAAGAACACUGCUGUAGAUAACUCUGAGACAGAUGGACAGCUUCUUCUAACAGGAAAGAUGCCAGCAAAAUGCCUUAGACCAGUCCUAAAGCCCACUGCCUUUUAAAACUGAACGUUUGCUUUUCUAGCAAUGUUAUUAAGAUGCAGGGGUUAAAAUAUCAUUCCAAGGGCGUGUCUACAUGGCCCGUUUGCUCAAUAUUCAUUCUGAUUUGUUUGCAGGGAGAUUAAAUGGCACUGGUUAAUUUAUUGAACCUUCAUUAUGAUUUGUUUGCGGGAACGGUAUGCAGUGUUGAACCAAGCAGGUGUUAAAUUACUCCACCCCAAAGAAGGGAUGUUUUUUGAAAGCUAUGGACUAUGCAGGAAUGGCAAUGCUGACGGCAAUAUUAAGAGAUCAAAACGAUGAACUUUUUAUAGAACAAUGGAGGCCUUUUUUGGACUAUUUGGAAAAGCAUGAAACAAAAUCGCGGGCAGGAUUCGAGAUAGGAGCAGCGAAACAAAAACGAUAAAGUGUUAGAGGGAUUUUGGUAACACACGAGAAUUUGAUCUACAACGCAGUAGAAAAGAGUUUGAAUGAAAAGACUGUGGAAGUGUGGGUGGGAAGUCAAGACAUGAAACAAUGUAACUAUUUAAUCUGAGGUUAAUUAGUAAAAAAAUGGAAAUUCAAUAAAAAAAAUUAUAUUGGGGAGGGGGGAAAUUAAAUUACUCCCCCCCACAUGUUCCGCUGCCUUUUCUCAUCACUCGUCUUACUGCAAAAGGUCUGAACUUUUGGGGAAGGAGGCUGGUCACACAAGACUAGAAUUGUGCAGUGUAAAUAAGCUGGUAUGUGAUUGGAUCUCACCUGAAAAUAACUGUCUUGCAAAGGCCCUGGAACUUUAAUUUUACAGUACCCUUGUCAGGCAGGUUAAGCUCAGAGUAGGCAGCCUGAAUUCACCCAUCACAUGUUGGGACUGGCAGAGAUUUAAACUUGAGAUUCCCUAAAAUGAAAUCCAGUAGGAUAGCAGCUGCUCGGUUUGGGAGAUAGUUGCAAUUACUCAGCGGCAAAUCAUUGUUGUGCUUUUAGCAGCCUCUCCUUCUCCAGAAACCAGCAGGCAAAGCUGUUCACAGCACAGAGGCAAAUAUCAAUCAACUGCCAAUGUUUGCAGAUCAAGCUGCACAAGCGCAGAGGUUGGUUAAAAAAAAAAAGUUGGCAAGUCUGUCAACAAGGGAAAGGUGGGAUCCUGCACAUUCUUAAAUAUAUAUAUAUUGUUGCAUGUAUUUGAUAGCUGAGUUUUGUGAGCCCCCUGGUUUGCAAACUAAAUUAGGACUUGAGUUCGAAUCUCACCUCUGCUAAGAGCUUCACUCUACAGCUUUAGGAAGACACCAACUCAACCCCAGGUCCACUGCCCCAUCUACUUAAAAGACUCUGUGGUAAAAGAGAUGAAAUAAAGCAGAUCUGGGGCUCUGAAGCCUUGCUCUGCACAACACCUUUGUCCUACAUUUCCAUGUAUCUCCCUAUAUACAUAAAAACGUAAUGUUGUCAUCACACAGCCCCCAUGGGGUGAUUUCUAAUCAUCUGUAUACAGGCAAUGGACUUAUUCUCAGGAGUAUGGAUCCUUUUUUAAAUGUAAAAACAGCACCACCCACUCAGAAUUAGGGCAGCAGGCUCAGGUUUUGCAGAAUUACUGUACAAAAAUCUUGUUUUAAGGGGGAAGAAGUCCUAAUUGGGGAGGUGGCACUGAACAGCCCACUGGGAAUUGAGCAUGCUCAGUAGGCAUGGACUGUUGGAGAGAAACCCAGAGGGGAGGAGGAGGAAUGGAAUAACCUGCAAAAUGGCAUGGCUGGCUGGAAACCUGUGCAGGGCAUCCUAUACUACAACAUUUUGUUGCAGCUCUCAUUUGUUUACAUCUCUUUCUAGCUUUUGAAGGGCGUUCCGGGUUGCCAACUUCUCCCUCCCCAACUUGGGCUAUGAAUGGUUGCAUAACAACAAGCAGGGAGAUCAUGCAGAGGGGUUGCUUUUUUCGCUCAGAAGAUGUCAUGCUUGGGGAUGGUUCCUCUGCUGUUUGCUUUUUGUUUUUGUUUUAAAUAGUGCCCUGCAGCUGUUGGAGGCACAGGAAGCUCACCCGACAAACAGGGGUGGGAACUUGAAUGAGUUAUUCUUGUUUGGCUGGCAGGUGGGCUGUGCUGGAUGCGAUGAGGGCGCUUCUCUAACUUUGGAAGGAAGGCAAUGGUCUUCUCUUAAACUUGGCCUGGUGGGUGGUGACCGUUCUCUGCUUCUCUCUGGGGCACGAGGCUUCAAGAUGUGGUGAGAAAACCAGUCCUGUUGCAUUUGGGGAGCCUCCUGUUCAUUCAGCCGAGUUGGACUCUGGCUGUGUGCCCUAAGUCCUGCCCUGACAGCACCCCAGUCUAGGAGGAUCAAAUGAUCACCAUGGUUCCUUGAACAUUUGGGGCACAAGGACCCAGGGCAAUUGGGAAGGGGCCCAAAUUUGGUUUUCCCUGGAAUGACCUCCUGGCUAAGCCUGGGUUUAUCAUCCUGUUCAAGAGUUUUGCACCUGUAGCCACAGGUUCUAAUCUCAGCUAAAGCAAGCCACUGGCUCUUGCCGUAAAUUCUACUUGUAGUCUGGAACAUGUGGGCUAAUAGAGGCAGUCUACCUUACAGGGUUGUUGUUAAGGCUGCUGAAAUAGUGAAUUGGAGAACACUGAGGAGAAGCAUGCUCAAUUGGAGAGAGAGACAGGGAGGAAAGUUGAAAGGACUUUGGGGAGAACGGAAGCUGCUUUGCAGUGCCUUCCCAUACAUGCCUGCUCAGAAGUAGGGUUGCAUUUUGUUUGAACAUCUCGAUGCUGAGCUUCACUGCACAGAUUUUCUUAAAAUUCUCAUUUCGCUCCUUGAUCUCGCUGACAAGCAAGUUAUUCCCCCAACCCCCGGUUCUGGUAAAAAAAUGUGAACUAUUGCAUAUGAUAUGCAUUAUUAUCUGUGAUAUUAUACACAUAUGAAUAUAGAUUCCAGGUUUCCUAAAGUAAUUAGUAGAUGAACAGGUACUUACAACAAUGCAAAUAACUGUAUAAAAAUACAGUUCGGUAUUUUAUUACUUAUAAAAUCAUGAUGUAGAACUAUACGGCAGCAUGGGUGUGACUCUUUUGUGUGUAUUAUGUGUGUCCUAUUCAUGAGCUGCUUGGAUAUAAGCAGGCAGAUGAUGCAAAAGAUGGUUUGAUGUGGGCAAAGUUUGGCUGAGAUGGAAUAUGUGUAUAAAUCCAUUUACAAUUGAUUCCUCUUCCAUCUCUACUCAAUAGUAGACCCUACAGAGGUCAAUGCAGUUUAUUCCUGGGUAAGCGUUUUGCAGGCUGGCAGACAUCUGUUUAUGUAUAUGUCUGCUUCGCAUGGUUCUGGAAUCACUGUAUGUGAAUAAGAAGAUAAUAAAGUUUAAUUUUGCUAGCAGUUCGGAGUUGAUGCAAUCUGAAGUGAAUUGCGGCCUGAGCUUUUUUAUUGAGGUCUGUUUUUAUUAUCCUCAUUCGUUCUGGUGUCCUAUUUGUAUUACUGAAGUUCAGGUGUGAGCCUCAUUCCUUAUCUCUCUAUACUAUAUUUGCACGAGUCAGUCAUCAUCACGCUGUCUUCAUUGCCUACUUCCCAAAGUCUAAACCAGGGGUCAGCAAACUUUUUCAGCAGGGGGCCGGUCCACUGUCCCUCAGACCUUGUGGGGGGCAGGACUAUAUUUUGAAAAAAAUAAUGAACAAAUUCCUAUGCCCCACAAAUAACCCAGAGGUGCAUUUUAAAUAAAAGCACACAUUCUACUCAUGUAAAAACACACUGAUUCCCGGACCUUCUGUGGGCUGGAUUUAGAAGAUGAUUGGGCCGGAUCCGCCCCCCGGGCCUUAGUUUGCCUACCCAUGGUCUAAAGGUAGGGGUGAGGGAAGGAACAGGAAGGUAAAGGAGGGAACAUGUCUAUAGUAAAUAACUUGGAGGCAGGAGGGUUAAGGCAAAGCCUGGCAGGGGAAAGCAGGGUCUCUCUGUGUGUCAGUUUCCCCACAGAGUUCUCUUCAGCCACCAUUUAUAGACUCACAGCUGCCCCUCUGCCUCUACACGUACUUAUUUACUUCAUGAAAUUUAAUGCCACUGACUGGUUGGUUGCAGAGGAACAAUGGGAUGAAGAAGCCCAGAGUCCAGGGGAGUGUGGUGGGAUGACCAUGAGUGGUCAGAGGGAGAAGAGGGAACAGACAGGGACAAGGAGGUGUGGGAAGCUGAGGAGAUAACAAGGCUUAGGACUCAGCUAUACAGCUGAAAAGAAAACGUUUUAAGUGAAAUAUACAAAGGUGACACAAGAUGGCGACAGUGAGCUAUGGCAAAUUCAAUGUCUUUUUCAAAACGUUUUUUUAAAAAAAGCAUUUUCACAGCAUUUUUUAAUAUGUGUGUAGAUUCCACCUCAGUGAGCUGGGAGUGUCUGUGGCAGAGAGAAGUCCAGACUCAGAGGCAGAAGCUGAAGCAGGAGAGGAGGGAGGCCAGGAGGCAGAGAGAGGUUAGGCUUGUGAAGAGUCACAGGUGUCUCCCUCUCCUGCUGUGACAAGCUCCCUUCUCCCAGGUCUGCCAAAAACAGAAGAGGCAUGAAACAGGCAGAAAACAAGUUAGCUCCAUGCAGGCGCAGUCUUGGGGAAACCCUGGAGAGGAAGGCACUUAGGCAGCUGUGGGAAAGUGGAGACCUUCUGUUUCUGCAACCACUUCAUGAGGGCCAGACCUGCUGGAAAUGAGUUGCUGUGCUCAUUAGGCCUAAUAAUGAGUUAAUAAUGAGUUAACACAAACUUGCACAGUGCGAUUUACUUCUGGCUCGCUCCUCUCAUUGAUAUGGGGGGGAGGGGAGUUGUUUGCAAAAAAAGACAAAAUGGUAAUAUAAUCACUAAAAAAACCUACAGUCAAAAUCCAGGACAUACAAAAAGUAAAAACAAAUUAAAACUCAUGCAAGCUGUUAUAAAAAAAAACUGCUCCCUUUCCCUUAUCCAAGAGCCCGUAUAGAGUCCUUAAGUGGAUUCCCUAUCAGUGGGAGAAAAAAGCAGAGGCUAACCAGAGAAUAUUGAGAAGCAAAGAGGCUAGUAAGCCUGAUCUUUAUUAAAGGUCCUCACUCACCACACGCAGGAGGGAGGAGAACCCUGAACAAUGGUACGCAAGCCCUUAUAUAGACUUUUGAAACUGCCCACCCUGUAGCCCAAGACCACCCCCCAAAACAUCAUACAUACAUCACAGAAGGAGGCGGACUCCAGCAGAAAUCCUGAUUGCUAGAAUAUCUGUUAAUGGUCACUGAUUGCAUUACCUGGGCAGCCUGGCCAUUCUUUUGUGAUGGUUAAUACUUUUAAUUCCUGAAAGCAGGUCACAGGCUCACCCUAUUCAUAAACAAAUACGCCCUUAAGACAGGAUCUGUAAGCAAAAGACAAAGGGAAGGCUUUCCCAUUUCCUUCCUAAUUGCAGAGAAAUAUCUGAGGCCAAUUUGGGAGAGUCAAAAUGGCUUCAGGAUUGCUCUCCCGUACUAUUUCAGACACGUGGUUUAUAUACUUAUGUAUGCGUUUGCCUUGUACAUUUACAGACAUUUCAUCUAUAUUUGGGACCUUAGAAUUCUGAUAACAAAGCUUUCUAAGCAACUGGUCAGGCUGGCCUAAAUAAGAAGGUCUCCAGCAGCUUCACAAAAUGACAAGGCAGAAAAUUGUGUAGCUGUUGCCUGAGGGUGGGCUGAGAGCCAGCUCCUAGCUAGAGUCUGUCCUGUCAGGUGCCACCCGCCUUGAGAAACUGGAGUAACUCAAUAUCUCCGUGUGGUACACUGUAACCUUUGAAAGUCUGCCACGGCGAGACUGGGAGAUCCUCAAAGGCUGCUAAAUGCAGCCUUCCUGAGGGGAAGCUUUGUGUUUUCUUCCCUGCCCCUCCCCCCCCGAAGUCUUUAUCAUAUUCCCCCCUUCCUUCCUUGGGAUGGGAGGUGGGGAAGGGAGGUCAAAUUCAGCCACGGCAUUCACUGCGUAGUGGCACAGAGUUUGUGGGGCCAAAGCCCGGGCUCCCCCUACCCUCCCCUCUCCGGUCACCCUGUGACUGCCCCCCUCUGCUAUCUGAUCCUGCCCCAACAGUUGGCAUAAGUGAAGAGCAUAUGUGUGAAUUUAAGGAGGGAGACAAGGACAUGGAAGUGUGUAUUUCAAGUCCAGGUGGAAAAAUAUAUGCCUCUGUGUCCGUGAGAGAGGCCUCGGUUGUUUAGGUUUUGGUGGGCAAACGACAACCGCAGGUGGAAUUCAGGUGAUGCUGUGUUUGUGUAUGUCUGCCAACCAGGCUACUAUUAUCUCAGGGUCUCAGUACCUAACCUUUAACCCCUCAGACCUUGUGGGAGGGCGGACUAUAUUUUGAAGAAGAAAAAUGAACCAAUUCCUAUGCCCCGCAAAUAACCCAGAGAUGCAUUUUAAAUAAAAGCACACAUUCUACUCAUGUAAAAACACCAGGCAGGCCGCACAAAUACAACAACAGCAAGAAGAAACUCCUCCCAAGUACAUCCAGUACGGGUCAUAUGACACACACACACUGAGCUAACAUCCGGUGCUCAGUACAGAAUGGACUGCCCCUUUGUUCCCAUGGCAACAGUCACAAACAUCCUGUCUGGCUUUCCAGCCACAAGCAGCUGGCUGAGCUGCUAGAGCCUUUGCUUGCUGCAGCAUUGGUGCUUUAUGGUAACAUACUCCCCCUAAAGUAUCAAUGUGUGCUGCGAGCAAAGCGUCAUCCAGAGAAGAAAACAAACAGUUGUUAUAUUUAUAACAUUCCCCUGUUGUUUCAGUUCCACCCUUGGAACUACCCGCCACUGGUUUAACCAAUGUACCUCUCUGGUUGUGUGACUUCGCAUUACCUUGGUUAACAACUCUCUGUUGUGCCUUUGUCUCUGACUCAGACACAGCUUCAAGCUGUCCUUGGUCGUUUACAAUAGCAACAUAUGCAAGGUUAGCAAACUCCUUUGAAUACCUCUUGGGUGGUACACCCUUCGUUGCUCUCUCAGACCUGCGUAUGAGGUUCUGAUCUUCUGUGCUCACUGGUUCAACCUUUGGACUCUGUUGAGAACCAGUAGCAAUCAGUGGUUCAUCCUCCUCUUCUGAGGGUCUAGUCAUUAUGUGAGAUUUCCUCUCAAUGACUGUGACAACUGAGCUGUCUGAGCUAUCGCUGUCAUCAUCAGUACUACUGAACUCAAUAAGAUCAAACUCAUCAUCAUCAUCAUCAUCAGAAUCGUUUCCUGUGGGAAAUGUCUGUACUAUCCGCUCUUGCUUUGGAGCACUCUCUAGGAACUUUGUGAGAAUCACCUGACCAGAUUCAGACAAAAUUACUCUGUAGAGACCUUUUUCAUAACCCACAAAAAUGCCUCUGGCAUUCUUUACACCACCUGGAGCUUCUGUUCUCACAUGAGACCCGAAAACCUUAAAAUAGGCAACAGAAGGUUUUCUAUUGAACAGCUUCUCAAAAGGAGAACAUCCCAACUCUGUUGAGACCUUUCUCAACCACACAUGAAGAUAGGACGCUAGCGAUUCGGCCCAAUAUUCAUGUGGCAAAUGUGAACUCAGCAAUUGCGCAUUCAUCCCCUUUUGCAAUUCUUUGUUCACUUUCACACAGACCCCCCUGUUCCACGCUUCUUGCGAAACUGCAACUUUGUGGUCUAUCCUUUUUCCAUCCAGGAACUUCUGAAACUUCUGCAACAGAAAAAUUUGCUUCUCAUCUGUGAAAAGACAAUCAAUGUUAGCAUCAUGCAUACUUUUAACCUUGUCACAAAACUCCUGAAACUUUUCUAAAGUUUCUUGCGGUUUCUCCAUCAUAUAAACCCAAGAAUAAUUAGUGAAACAAUCCACACACAAAAGGUAAAAUCGUGCACCGCCUCUAGAUGGUUCUAGAGGACCAAUCACAUCAGCAUACACCCGCUGAAAUGCUCUGUCGACCUUCUUGGUCUUAGUCACCUUCCUGGUGCUCACACUGGUCACUCCUGCAAGAGAGAUUUCGUUAGAAACAGCAGAAUUACAUUUCAUGUAAUCACUUUGAUCAAAAGUCAACAAAUACAGUCCAUCUUUCUCUUUGGCAGUAAGAAACAGUUCUCCAUCUUUGUAGAUCUUGCAGCUUUUAGCAUCAUAGGACAGUUUCAGUCCUUUCUUUGCAAUCUGCGACACGCUCAGCAGAUUAAAUCUCAGUUCUGGAACCAGGUAAACAUCACUUAUAGUCAAGUUCAGACUCUCAAGAUACACAGUCCCAAUUCCAGUUGCUUCCAACUCCUGACCGUUGGCCUGUUUCACAGUGAAGCUUUGCUUCUUCAACGUCGAAAAUAGUCCUCUGUGCGGGCACAUGUGAACCGUUGCGCCCGUGUCAAUUAUGAACGAGUUCCCAACAUCUGGCGUGGUUCCUUUCGCCAUCAUAGCCUUUGCAGGUUUCACCUGGCACUUGGUACGGCUUUUGCCUGACGCCUGAGGCUUCGUAGAGCUGCUCUUUGCUCCUCUUGACUGGCGCGGCUUCUUACAGUUUCGCUGUAGAUGCCCAGUCUGUCCACAAUUGUAGCAUCGGACAGCACUCAAUGCUACACCAUGCUCUCCAGUAGCAUCAGCAGUGGGGAAUUAGAACUCUGUUCUUCCCUCCCCCUGUCUUUUUCUUCCAGUGCAGCAAGUCUGUCGUGUUCAUUCAGGACCACAGCACAAACUCUCUCCGCGGUCAGCUGCGCGGCCGGUAGGGAACCAAGCUGACUGGCAACAACCUUGUAGGUGCGGCUAAGGCUGUUUAUCAUCAUGAAGCAAAACACUUCCUCCUGAAGACGGAAAUUGCGUUCCACCAUCUGUUGACGCAGAAACUUCAUUUCUGUCAGGUGCGCUUGAACAUCUCCAUCAGGCGCAAGUCUCAGAUUGGUCAAUUUCUCAAAAUACAGCAACGCUGAAGAACCAGCAUCUCUCUGAUGCGUUGUACGCAGCGUGUCCCAUACCUCUUUCGCAUUUUCUAAAUGCUGAACAUGCACCAACUGAUCAUCUGAGACACACAGAAUUAUAGCAGUCCUGGCCCUUACAUUCUGUGACUCCCAACCUCUGGUUGGUGCUGCAGGGAUGGGGUUUUCAAUUACAUCAAAAAGCCUCUGAUUCUGCAGCAGGGCCUUCAUCUUUACAGACCAAGAUGAAUAAUUGUCAUUGGUCAAGGGAGGUGGGCAAGGCAAACCUCCCCCUUUCUGGGCAUCCAUCUUGAAGCCAAGCCUCUCUCACCUCCAAACAAGCUGCAAAAUCCAACAGCUGUUUUUUCUUUCUCACGCAGCAAACACCAAGAGAUGCAUUUUAAAUAAAGGACACAUUCUACUCAUGUAAAACCACGCUGAUUCCCGGACUGUCCACGGGCCGGAUUGAGAAGGGAUUGGGCUGGAUCCGGCCCCCCGGCCUUAGUUUGCCUACCCAUGCUUCAACCUGUGUUAUGUUCCUAUUUUUUAAAUGCUCACCCACGCUACGUUCACAGAAAGCAAUGGAGAUAUUUAGGAAAUUGGGUUUUUAAAAAAAUAUUUUGAUCCAUAAUCCUUAGUAUAGAUUGUAAUAGAAAUAACCUUUUGAUUAAAAUAUAAAUUCUAUCUAUUUCUAUCUAUCCUAUAUGACCAUAGACACACCUUUUCCCCUUCCAUUAAAUAGACUAUCGCAGAGCACCUCAGAUAUUGUUUGGUCAUAUAUUUUCUGAUUUACCUCUUGGCCUGGUUGCUCGACACUGAACGAUGACCCUCAAGGAACCACAAUUUGAGGCAAUAUGUUGGUUGCCUCCUAUGUGGGGUCCUUAUUCAAUUAGAACCCCACUCCUGCAAGUCUUUUAAGUGAGCAAAGGGGAAUGCUGACCCUGCUGCACACAAAAACAAAAGCUGUAUGUGCGCCUGUCCUUGUUGGCUCUUUAUAAUACCUCUUCAGGCAUUUUUAUUUCAGUUUGCUUCUUAUUAACAUCCAUAGAUUCAUAGAAUUGUAGAGUUGGAAUGGACCACAAGGGUCAUCUAAGUCCAAUGAAGGAAUAUUUUGCCCAACAUAGAACUUGAACUCACAGCCCUGAGCUUAAGAGUCUUGAGGUAAUUUAGAAAUAUUUUCAUAACGGAAUACAAGUGCCCCAUAAUAGUUCUCCUGCACUGGUAAGAAACUGAUCUUUAAGCAUGGUGACCAAAUACACUUCGGAACUCCCUGCCAAUUGACACCAGGCAGGUGGUUUCGCUGUGAACUUUUCAGCACCUGCUUAAAACAUUUUUGUUUAGGCAAGCCUCAUGCAGAUAUGUAACAUGCAGACAUGCAUUUAACCUCUCUCUCUUUUUGCUUACUGUUCAUUCAAAAAAUAAUAAUGAGUGUUUUUAAAUACUGUAUCUGUUUUCAACCGUCCUGUUGAUAAUUUAAAUGUUUUGGGGUUGUUUUUUUUGUAAACAGCUUGUAAAACUUUGUAAACAGUUUUAUUACAAUCUAGCGGUAUAUAAAUGUUGUGAAAUGACAUAAAUAAGAGGAGAGGUCCCUGCCCCAAUGAGCUUACAAUGUAAGCUUUUUCAUAAGGAGAGAGCAGAGGAAGGGGGCAGGAAAAGAAGGCAGGAAGGGGCAAAGGAAGACUGUUUUAUGUACCUGUGCUUGGUUUUAGAAAGGCAGGGGGAGCAAGUGGCUUUAUGGAAAGGGUGGGGGGGGGUCAUUGGACUGAAGGGGCGUUUGGUUGAGAUGUCAGCCUUACAGGGAGAAGAAAGUUGCCAAAGGUCAGACUUUUAGAAGACAUCUGAAGGCAGCCCUGUUUAGGGAAGCUUUUAAUGUUUGAUGCAUUACUGUAUUUUAAUAUUUUGUUGGAAGCCGCCCAGAGUGGCUGGGAAAGCCCAGCCAGAUGGGCGGGGUAUAAAUAAUAAAUUAUUACAGUGGUACCUUGGGUUAAGUACUUAAUUCGUUCCAGAGGUCCGUACUUAACCUGAAACUGUUCUUAACCUGAAGCACCACUUUAGCUAAUGGGGCCUCCCACUGCUGCCGCGCCACCGGAGCACAGUUUCUGUUCUUAUCUUGAAGCAAAGUUCUUAACCUGAAGCAUUAUUUCUGGGUUAGCGGAGUCUGUAACCUGAAGCGUAUGUAACCCGAGGUACCACUGUAGUAUUAUUAUUAUUAUUAUUAUUAUUAUUAUUAUUAUUAUUAUUCACUGCUUCCGACUUGCUGAAAGGAGAAUGUUGGGAGUCAGCCACUUGGAAGAGGCAGGAUGCGGUCCCUGGCCACCUCAGAACCACGCAGCUUGUCUACACCAGGCAAAAUGUGAUGUAUGGGAGAUGCCACCACACUGACUGGUGUACCCAGCUCAUAAAACUAAUGUUCUUACUGCAGCGGGUUCAGGAUCAGGGUGAGGUUGGGAAGAAUGCUUUUCAUGUGUUGACAUUUGGGACCAGUCUAUUUCUGGUCUGAGUCAAUUUCACAUCUGCUCAUUCGUAAGAACAUAGGAAGGGCUCUGCUGGAUUAGACAAUCCUGUCCACCAUCCGAUUCUCACCGUGGCUGACCAGAUGUCUAUGGAAAGCCCCCAAGCAGACAAGGUUGCUGGGUAUGUUUAGCCUUGGAAAGAUGAAACUGAGAGGGGAUAUGAUAGCCAUCUUCCAAUAUCUCAAAGGCUGUCACAUGGAAGAGGGAGCAAGCUUGUUUUCUCCUGGUCCGGAGGGUAGGAACUCGAACCAGUUGCUGUUAUAGCCAAAAUCGGUUUGAAAUCCACAUCGUGAUAAUGGUUUCAUAAUAUCUGACAUGGCAAUACAUCGCAAAUCACAAUGUGUGUGUGUGCUAUAUAAAAAACUGUGAUGGGGGGAAACCGUGAAGCCGGUUAUUGCUUCCCUUGUGAUUUCUGCUGCCGCUGUUGCUCUGUACUAUAAAAUAACAGUUGUAACCCUAUGUUAAAAGUAAGUAAAAACGUCCCAGUUUUAGACUCUGAAGUAGUAGUAGUAGUAGCCACGACAUUAUGCUGUUUGCCUCGACAGUGGUACCUUGGUUCUCAAACUUAAUCCGUUCCGGAAGUCCGUUCCAAAACCAAAGCGUUCCAAAACCAAGGCGUGCUCUCCCAUAGAAAGUAAUGCAAAACAGAUUAAUCCGUUCCAGACUUUUAAAAACAACCCCUAAAACAGCAAUUUAACAUGAAUUUUACUAUCUAACGAGACCAUUGAUCCAUAAAAUGAAAGCAAUAAUCAAUGUACUGUACUAUAAAAUAAAUAAGACCAUAUUGCAGGUGAUAAAAAUUAAAAUUAAUGUUUUUUCUUAUCUGCACUGAUGAUAGUCGUUGUUUGGAUGGUGAGGGCUUUUAUCCAUUUCCACAGUCACACAAUCAAUCAAUUAAUCAGUAGCUGAACUGGGUUCCACAUAGCCACAAAAACAAAUUAAACAAAAAAGCCUCAAAAACGCAAAAUAAAAAGCAAAAACAUAAGCGCCAAAUACAGUGGUACCUUGGUUCUCGAACUUAAACCAUUCCAGAAGUCCAUUUGACUUCCGAAAUGUUCGAAAACCAAAGCGCAGCUUCUGAUUGGUGCGGGCGCCCUGGAAACAACAGCUGAUAGCUGCAUCGGACGUUCGGCUUCCGAAAAAUGUUUGAAAACCGGAACACUUACUUCUGGGUUUUCGAUGUUUGGGAACCAAGGUGUUUGAGAACCAAGGCACCACUGUAUAUACAGUAGUUACAUCCACAUUUCAGACGUGGUGAUACAGUAUAUCAGUAUAUUGUGAUGUUUAGCUGGUGAUAUAUCACAAAGUUGAAAACCAGAUAUCGCCCAGCCCUACUAUUUGUCUCUACAUAAGGUAAAGGUAAAGGGACCCCUGACCAUUAGGUCUAGUCGUGGCCGACUCUGGGGUUGCGGCGCUCAUCUUGCUUUAUUGGCCAAGGGAGCCAGCGUACAGCUUUCGGGUCAUGUGGCCAGAAUGACUAAGCCUCUUUUGGCGAACCAGAGCAGCGCACAGAAACGCCGUUUACCUUCCCGCUUUCGAACUGCUAGGUUGGCAGGAGCAGGGACCGAGCAAUGGGAGCUCACCCAGUCGCAGGGAUUCGAACCGCCGACCUUCUGAUCGGCAAGUCCUAGACUCUGUGGUUUAACCCACAGUGCCACCCGCGUCCCUUUGUCUCUAUAUAGUUCCAUCCUUAUUCCAGACCUUGUGAUAUAUCGGUAUAUCAAGACGUUUAGCUGAUGAUAAAUCAUGAUGUUGAAAGACAUCACAGUUCACUCGUGCACCAUAAAUUCAGCUCGCUUGCCUGCUGCCCCUCUUGCUUGCCCACUCUGCUCCCCUGCCCCACUGCCAGCCUCGCUUCCUUGCCUGCUGCCUUACUUGUUCACCACAUCCCUUGCCUGCCUCCUUUGCUCCCCUCACCCUGGAGCCUGCACAGCCCAUCACCAGUGUGACAACAGACUAGCAAAAAACAGCACAGAGAGAAAACACACAUUUGUAGUGUGUGUUUUUGGUACGUCUUUUGAGUGAAGAACUGCUGCAACAAAGUUUGGAAUCCAAAGGAUAGUUAUGCACCGAUGUGGAUAUUAUUCUGGGAGCUGCAGAUCACAUCAGUUUAAAUUGCAAUUUGCAGAAAUCAGAUGCCUCGAAAAGAAUAGUAAGUGCAAUCGGAUGAAGAGCUCCCCCCCCCCCCCGACAGAGGUUUGACCUGGUGAGCUUCUGUUGUGUUGUGGUUUCUAUGCUCCCUGGUAUUUACAGGAAGUUCUAGGUGCUGCACCUUUUCUCUUUAAAUUUGCUUGAAUUGGAUGAACUUUUAAUCUGUUUUGCUGUUCAGUUGUUCUUUUCGUGUUUGAUAAUGUGAGACGUCUUGAGCCUUUAGAAUGUAUUCAUCUAUUGUUUUCAAUCUAGGUAGGCUGCUUUUCACCAUAAAUGGAGAAGUCAGCAUAUCGAAGGAUGGCUGUGUUUUGACUUGUGUAUUGCUUCAGAAAGUACAAAUUAGACUAGUCUGCUUUUAGUUCAGUUGGUUAGAGCAUGUCGCCGAUGACGCUAAGGUUGCAGGUUCGAUCCCCAUAUGGGAGAGCUGAAUAUUCCUGCAUUGCAGGGGGUUGGACUAGAUGAUUCUCAGGGUCCCUUCCAACAAUUCUAUGAUUCUGCUGUUUGUUUCAGGGGCUGAAUGGAUGACAUUUCUGUACAGCUUGCUCCUUUUAUACAGAAAACUAUCACCUCAAAGAGAAGUUUAAGCUACAGUACUUUCCCCUGGCAUGCUAGCUUUCUGUGUCUGAAGGGUUUUGUGGGGGGGGGGGAGCAUAUGUCAUAGAAACAUAAAGGUAAAGGUAAAGGGACCCCUGACCAUUAGGUCCAGUCGUGGCCGACUCUGGGGUUGUGGCGCUCAUCUCGCUUUAUUGGCCAAGGGAGCCGGCGUACAGCUUCUGGGUCAUGUGGCCAGCAUGACUAAGCCGCUUCAGGCGAACCAGAGCAGCGCACGGAAACGCCAAUUACCUUCCCGCCAGAGCAGUACCUAUUUAUCUGCUUGCACUUGGACGUGCUUUCGAAGUUUUAGGUUGGCAGGAGCAGGGACCGAGCAACGGGAGCUCACCCCGUUGCGGGGAUUCGAACCGCCAACCUUCUGAUUGGCAAGUCCUAGGCUCUGUGGUUUAACCCACAGCGCCACCCGUGUCCCACACAUAGAAACAUAGGAAACUGCCUUAUGCAGAGUCAGGCCAUUGGUCCAUCUAGCUCAGUAUUGUCUACAUCAGGGACAUCCAAUUCCCAAUAGACUGUGGUCUACUGGCUGUGAUCAACCCAUUGUACAAAGACUGGCAGUGCUCUACCCAAAGUUGUGGAGCUUUUUUUUAGGAAGCCAAAGUUGUUGAGUUGGGAUGGGUUUUUUUGGGAACACCCCGCAAUCUACACAUAAAUCACGAUCUAUCUGUUGGAAAUGCUGGGUCUACAUUGACUGGCAGCAGUUCUCAGGGUUUCAGAAAAGGUUCUCCCCCAGCUCCAUCCAGAGAGGCUAGGAUUGAACCCAGGACCUUCUGUACUCAAAGCAGAUGGUCGACCACUGACCCAUGGUCAUUCCCUGUCAGAAUCUCCCCACGUGUAGUCCGAAGUGGGAUAGUCAUGGGCCAGGACUGUGUCCUGUGCUGCUUUCGUCCAGUGAACGAUGUGUCCAUUUCCAAUGUGGCAGGAAGGAAGAAGAAGAAGAAGAAGAGGAGGAGGAGGAGGAGGAGGAGGAGGAGGAGGAGGAGGAGGAGUUUGGAUUUGAUAUCCCGCUUUAUCACUACCCAAAGGAGUCUCAAAGCAGCUAACAGUCUCCUUUCCCUUCCUCCCCCACAACAAACACUCUGUGAGGUGAGUGGGGCUGAGAGACUUCACAGAAGUGUGACUAGCCGAAGGUCACCCAGCAGCUGCAUGUGGAGGAGCGGGGAAGCGAACCCGGUUCCCCAGAUUACGAAUCUACCGCUCUCAACCACUACACCACACUGGCUCCAUGUAUGCACACAUGCACAGAUUGGCCUCUGAGCUAUUCCUGGCUCCCUGAACUAGAGGCCAAACAGUUGCCAGUGGAUUGCGCUGUAGGCGUUCUGCAAAACCGAAAGGGCUGCUUGAGUGUUGCAAGCAACAUCAGUUUCGACUCAACACUGUUUUUAGAAGGAGAGGCAUAUACAGUAUAUACAUUAUAUAGUGCCCAUAUAGCAUGCUGGAAAAGAGGGGUAAGGUGGUCAUAACUCAGUGUCAGAGUUGCUGCCUUGCAUGCUAGAAGGGUCCAGGUUCCAGCCCUGGGAUCUCCAAUUAAAACCCCAGAAUCAUAGAAUGGAGAAGAGUUUGUUAAAGCCUGUACAGCUGUUUCAUAAACCUUGGGUUAAAUAUAUAAAUCAGAAUUAUCCUGUAUCAAUCCAAAUGGAGGAAGUUGAUGGGGUGGGAGAUAUUUCCCAUAACACUAUUUUUUUUAAAGAAGUGAGAUAGGACUUUGUGCAAUGUAUUUUUGUCAAUGCUUCUUUCAAAAUAUUUGUCUCCAAACAGACAAGAAGCUAUUGAAAAUAUUCUAAGAGUUUAACCUUUGUGUGUAAUGUUUGGAACUAAGUAAUAAGUUACUUGCAUUGCAGGGCGUUGGAGUAGAUGAGCCUUGGGGCCUCUAGGAGAAGACUGGGAGUUGGAGGUGUUUGAAGAGGUAACAGGGCUUAGUGAGCAGGGAGGGUCUGUGGCAGAAAGGAGGCCAAAAUCAGAGGCAGGAGAGGGGGGAGGCCGAGAGGCAGAGAUGAGUCUGGCGGGGGAAGAGGCAUCGGUGUCUCCCCAUCCUGCUGCAACAAGCUCCCCUCCUCCCUUAUCUCCCAGAACCAGAAGAGACAUAAAACAGGUGGAUGAGAGGUUGGCUGCAUGCAGGCAGAGUCUCCGAUUACUUGGCUGUGAGGAGCUGGGGUCUUUUUCAGUCUCAGCAACUGGUUUUCAUGGUUUUGCUAAGAAACUGUUCAAACUCCAACUUUGAACUGUGUGAUUACUGACCAGCACGCUCCUUUGACACCAGUGACAGAUUGGGAAUAUCAGAAACGAUACGAUAAUCUUUAUUGUCAUUGUCCCAUACAGAACAACUAAAUUGAAAAAUCUGCAUUCAAAAACCAACAAGCUUGCUAUCCCAGCUAUCCCAACCUGGUUAGCCCCCUAAAAACUCUGAUACCCCAUUUUAAAAUACAAUAUACUGCCACACAGACUCCUUACAAUGCGUUUAAAACCAAAAUCACAUUUGGGUAGAAACUGUUUCUCAGGCGGCUAGUCCUAGUCUUUAUAACCCUGUACCUUCUUCCAGAAGGCAGAAGCUGAAAGAGAAAAACCGAUAUUGACAGGUUUGCUGAGUCCCUGCCCCUAAGUCUGCGCAGCUGUUUCAGCUACAAGAUUUCCUCACCGCCCCAAUCUGGAUUGUGGGAAAGAAUAUCUGUGCAACUGAAUGCCUCAAAAAUCCUGUAAUUAUUGUGUCAUCCCCCACCUUCCCCCCAUACAAAAAAAAAAAGCACCUUGUCAAACACCCACCUCUAACUGGGGAGCAUUUUAAUGCAUUUUGGAGAGGCACCUGAGAACGUUCUGUGGCUUUGUGUGUGCAUAUUAUCUUUCUCUCGUGUGUAUAUUUGUGGGAGCUUGUGGGCUGCGGAGUGAAGGAUAAUUUAUGGCUCUGCUUGCUAAUGGAGUAACUGAUGGGGCCAAAUCAACCUUCUGCCACCUUGUUAAAAAAUCCUCCUAAAAUUAAAUCCUUACAGGAGCGGGUGGUUGGUUUUUCCUCCUUCCCUUCUCUUCUUCUGCAAGUGAUUUGCUGAACCAGGUCUGAGUGGGGUGAGCUGCAAAGAAAGGCCUUGUGGAAGCAAUGUCUUGCCACAGGCUGCGUCUGCUAAAAAGGAGUGUCAUUGUGUAGCUGGAGGUGUAGCUGCACCCCCACUAAGUAUGAGAUGCUCACUGAGGCUUCCAGCAGCGACUAAUGGAACUCAGAGCUCAGUCACUGGGAAGAACCAUCCUUCAGAAUGGACCCUCCCUGUCUCUUCUCUGCGGGGUUCUAAGUAUCGCCUUUUGUUCCGUCUUUAGGGCAUGUGGCCGAUGAACCGGCUUGCUCCAUUUAAAAAACAAACAGACUAGGCUGAAAACCUUUCUCUUGUAGUGGGGGUGGGCGUCUUAGCCUCAGGUCCCAAGGAACAGCCCUACCUAGGAAAGAGAAAACCCAUCAGAAAGACUCUCUUUUGUAAGAGAAAUUGCAGGCAGCUUCCCAUGACAGAGGAGAAAAACCCGCUAGCCACAACUUUUAUUUAGGACAGCUCGAAACGUCGCAAAAUAGCAAGCUUUCAAGUCCUCCAGAGCUCCUCAUCAGGCUGGGUGCUAGAGUAGGGGAGAUAAACAGUGAAACAGGCUUGCUUUUAUAGCCAGAAAGUCUGCAUUGGGUCACAGUGGGCUCAUCCACAGGGGUUCUCCACAGAUAGGUUUGUGAGGCUGGUGGGAGAGCUUUACUUUCUUUUCCCCUUAGGUAUGAAAAGAAGGGAGGCCAGGUUUCAUCAAAGGUAUUUUCCUUUAUGACCCCAGUGGAAUCUACACACAUAUAAAAAACGCUGUGAAAAUGCUUUUAAAAAAAGUUUUUAAAAAUAUACCGAAUUUGCCGUAAGCCCGCCAUCGCCAUCUAGUGUCGCAUUCGUAUAAUGCACUUAAAACACACUUAAAAUGUUAUAUUUGCAGCUGUAUAGCUCAGUUCCCCAUUUGCAACUCUUCUAAGACCAGUUAGUCAUUCUGAACUAGCUCUAUCCCAAAUAUUAUUGGGAUACAGGUCUGCACUUUAAAGUGCUGUGUUCAAAUGCUCCCCCCUGUUUUCCCCAUGAAAACUUGUUCUUUAACGCUGAUUUGGAAUAAACGGGUUUUCUGCAGAUUGCUGUUUAUGCCAAUUCAGCGGUAAAGAGUGGGUUUUCACAGAGAAAGUGCUGGGGUGAAAAACAAAAUGCUCAGAAACAAGGCUUUGAAGUGCUGACCUGUGCCUAGAAACACAGCACAAAGGGAAGUCUGGAUGAGACCAGUCUUACUAAUGGAGUUGGGGGGAAAUAGAGAAAGGAAUUCAAUUCAGUUUGCAGUUAAAGGUAAAACUCCCUAGUUUACACUUUCUGUAACAUUACGCAAACUGAUGCAAAGCCAGCCUUCAAAAUUUGCAGUUCUCCAGAUUUUAUGGUCUAAACCACUGAGCCUAGUGCUUGCCGAUCGGAAGGUCGGCGGUUUGAAUCCCUGUGAUGGGGUGAGCUCCCGUUGUUCGGUUUCAGCUCCUGCCAACCUAGCAGUUUGAAAGCACACCAGUGCAAGUAGAUAAAUAGGUACUGCUGUGGCGGGAAGGUAAACGGCGUUUCUGUGCGCUGCACUGGUUUCGCCAGAAGCGUCUUGGUCAUGCUGGCCACAUGACCCAGAAAAACUGUGGACAAAUGCCGGCUCCCUCAGCCAGUAAAGAGAGAUGAGCACCACAACCCCAGAGUCGUUCGCGACUGGACUUAACUGUCAGGGGUCCUUUACCUUUACCUUCUCUAGCCAAGUAACACAUACUGUAGAUGUGUGCCAUAAAGUGUACAUAAAAAGGCAUGCAUCCGUCUAAGCGAUAUUGCAGGAACGCAUUACAAUUCAGAGAAAAUACAUAUUGAACUCGCAUAAAUGUAGGGUUGCCUGUAUGGUUCGAAGUGACUUUUCCACAAGGAGAAAAGUCCAGUUGUCCCUUCGGAGGCCAACCUUUUGUGCUAUCCUCUCCUGUGAGGCAAAACCACUUUGCCGGCUUUGAUACGGCUGUGCGUGCAAGCUGUCCUCACAGCGCCAUCCAAGCUUGCGCGACUCCAGGGCUCACAACCCUCUGAGGACCGUGGGGAGUUGCUCUUUUUCUUCUCCUCCCUUCAACCUUUUAGCUAACGAGGAAACAAAUGCCUGGGAUAUUUGUAGCGACCCUGGAGAAGCUGGAGUUGGAAGGUCAGUGUGGGUCUAGCAGAGGAGGCCUUGCACAGCUGAAGGGACCACCAGUCGCCAAGGAAACCAACCGCAACCUGUCAGUGGCAGAUGCUCAGGCCGGCCUGUGUGGCUUUGUUCCCCGACGAAAGGGAAAGGCCUGCAAUGGGGGAAGGAGUGCAAAGGAAGGGAAACAAGAGAACCAUAGAAUUUUUGAAGGGCAGAGUUGGAAGAGGCCACGGUGGUCACCUAGCCCAACGCCCUGCAAUGCACAAAUCUUUUGCCGAAAGUAAUUGUGAUGAUAUGAUAUGUGGAUGAGGGUGAAACCAGUCGUGUGUGUGUGUGUGUGUGUGUGUGCGAUAUAUAACAUUUUAUAAAACAUGCAUUUUACUAAUUCUCCUGUUUAAACGAGAAGCAGAAAACCGGAACUUUAAUUGUCUGUUCUGACAUUGUGUCACCUCAAAUACAGUUUUGGAUUUUGGGGCUGGUUUGUUUAUUAGUUGCUGCAUUUAUAUCCCAGCUUUUCUCCAAAAGAGCUGAAGGUGGCAUAUUUUCUCCCCCUUUCCAUUUUUGUGAGGUAGAUUGGGCUGAGGGCAUACCCUCCAACAUUCCUCAGAUGAAAAUAGGGGCAUUUCUCAUGCCUCUCAGCUGACCGUCCUUGACCCCCCCCUCAUUUUUUGUGUCCCUCACCCAACCCAGCCACAAAGCAUAACUAAUAAUAAUAAUAGUAAUAGAGCAUUUCUUAUAAGAAGUGCAAAUGCCACCGCCACUUAACCAACAGGACACAACACAUGCACCCUCUACCGUUCUGAGAAAGCCCCUUAAGCCCAGUUUUAUUUAAUUUUAUUCUUUGAUAAAUUUACAAAGAGAAAAACAAACACCAACAAAUACAUUUUAGAAAGGGGCAAGAUUAGACACAGGCACACAAGACUUUUUUUAAAAAAGAAAAGAAAAUCAAGACCCCAUGUGCUUCUUUCUGCUCCCCCUUUCUUCCCGCCGAGGGCUGCCCUGCCCUCUGCCUACCCCUCAGAGCCAGCGCAUCAUGUAAGGCUAGGCCUUGGCAAUGGCAGCCUCUCCUUCUCCUCUCCUAUUCUCCAGCAGCUGCUAUGAGCUGCCGGAGAAAGGACCUUGUCAGCGUUGGCCAGGGAGAGGCAAUGGAGAGACAAUGGGAUUCACCCUCGCAGCCGCAGCUGCUUCUUGGGGCAAACACCGGCUCAUAUUGGUCCCCGAGAUGAGUGGCAGUAGCACUGGAAGGGGAAAUAGGGACAUUCCAGGAUCAAUUCAGAAGCCAGGAUGGCUUUCAUAAUUCCGGGACUGUCCCUGGAGGAUCAGUGCACUUGGAGGGCAUGUAAUCCUCCUUUUAAAGAUUCAAAGAAAGCCAGUUCUCCAUUUCGCUGAUUUGGGGGGCGGAGGACCUAGCAAAACAUUAAAUAGCAGAUUGGAACUGAUCGUGCUGGUGUUAUGUAGCCUAAUUGGGCAGGACUUAUUAGAACAGGAAGCUAAUGCUACAAGAUGUUAGGAGACGAGGAGCACGCUCCCUCCCUCCACACUCGCUGCCACGAACUGAUCAAUAUUUCUUCCCUGAAAGGUAUUUAUUUCAAAGAAUAGAAAGAUCUCAGCCAGCAGAGCACUCAGGGGUCUGCAUUUAUAGGUUGUAUCAAGAGUUAACUUCCUGUCCCCACAUGAUCAAAAGCUGAGGUCAGGUCUACAAAGGUCACACACACAGAGCGUGGUUUGUUUGUUUUUUAAAAAAAUCAUUGAUCAAAUUAGAGGCAAACAUUUUACAUCGAUCACCGCCAUACCUUGCCAAUGUGUGAUAUCUUGUGCAACCUGUUUCAGACAAUGUGUUCUUCCUCCUCCUCUUCCUUCUCGCUGUUAACGUAGUGAAACGAUUUCCCUCAUCCAAACCUGAAAUCAUAAACCCUCCUGGCCUUUGCCCACUAACACACAGCUGGAGGAGGAAACCCCAUCCCUCCUUGCCCAGUACCUCUUGACCCUCUUAAUGGCUUCCUUGAUGGGUUAACAAUUGGUCACCAUCAGCCUUCGUCCCUCCAGUGACCCCCACUCAGCUAGCACUGCCAAGCUGGUUCGUUUGCAUAAACUGAAGUCCACGUUUGGCCCAUUUUAUUCAAGCCUCGAUUAAUUCUAACGUUUACUAAAUCCAGGAAUUAGGGGGAGGUUCUGGCACCCAGGAGUUUAGGGGAUCCUUGUCCACCUCAAAAAUAUAUAUAUAAUGAAAUGUGGUGUGGACAUGGCCUCAAAUUGACAGACUCAUCCAUCCUUACUCUGAACACAACACGCCAGUAGAUACAACAGCUGUUAGUCUGGUUCUCCUUUCCUACCUCCAUAACAUGGUUAUGGGAACUACGGAGAGGAUGACCCCAUCUGUCAUUCACUGGGCUGUUGCAAAGGCAUCCCCAUUGCAACUGUGCUCAUUCAGUGGGCACUCCAGACAUAAGUCACAAUAAAAGCUGCUUGGUGGUUGCGAUGCAACUCAUUAGAGUCUCCUCAUUGUGAGCAAUGAAAUCGGCUCUCCUCAGCAUACCUGAGCACGUCUGCUAAUCUACCUCUCCUCUCGGGAUGCCUUUUAAUGAGGGAAGAUGGAUAGCUCUUCUCAAGGACUUCCUUUGUGUCUAUUAGCCACUGCCAAGCUGGGCUCAUUUGCAUCUCUCCAUAUGUUUUUUUGGAGAUGUGGCGUGGUCCUGAAAGUUAGUCAGAAUCAUAGAAUUGUAGAGUCAGAAGGGACACUGAGGAUCAUCUCGUCCAACCCCCUGCAAUGCAGGAAUUUGCAUCUGUCCCGUAUGGGGAUUGAACCUGUGACCUUGGCGUUAUCAGCACCACGCUCUAACCAACUGAGCUAUCCAGAGGGAGAAAGUUCUGCAGCCCCAUGUUCUGCUUUAUAGAGAACAGGCCUCUGUUUGAAAGAGUCCUCUGCUCAGAAGGCUACCCAGUCCAAGCCCAGUUCAACUUAGCUUAGCCCCUUAAGCCUGAGACUCCCCAGCUCUGGUGCAAGGGGUAGACCUCCCACUCAUACUUAGGGACAUAGGAAACUGUCUAAUGCUGAAUUAGAGCACCGGACCAUCUAACUCAGGCAUGUCCAAGGUCCGUUUUGGGGGCCUAAACUGGGGUAAAAUCCUAGAAAAACUUCAAUAAGUCCAACCCUUAAAAAAGUUCAACAACUUCAAUCUUCAAUCCUAAAAAAAAGGUCAACAACUUUGGUUGGCUCUUCGGUCAGCCCCCACGGCCCUUCACUUCAUCAAAUCUGGCCCUCUUUGAAAAAAGUUUGGACACCACUGAUCUAACUCAAUAUUGUCGACACUGACUGGCAGCGACUCUCCGUGGUUUCAAGCUGGGUGUCAUGGGCUGGUUGGACACAGAGGAGUGGUGGGAGGCACCAGCUGGGGAACCCCCAAGGGAAGAAAGAGCCUGGGGGGUUGGUGGUGGGGCAAUGAUAAGUCGUUAGAGGGAGAAGAAUAAGAAGACUGGGGCGGAGGGGGAAGGUGUCAGAAGCUGAAGAGGUCACAGGGUUUAGUGAGCUGGGAUAGUCUGUGGCAGAGAGCAGUCCAGAAGCAGAAGCAGGAGAGGAUGGAGGCCCAGAGGCAGAGACGACUCUGGCGGGUGAAGAGGUCCCCUUCACCUGGGUAGGUUGCCGGACCCCAGGAAGGGGCAAGUGGUGUUUUUGUGUGUGUGUGUUUGAAUAUUUUUUAUUAGGUAUUUCAGCAUAACAAGUCAUCAAAAACACACCAUCCUCAUUUUCUCUCCCCAUUUUUCCCUCCCCCCCUCCCCAAGAAAUAAAAACCCACCCCCUGGACUUCCCUCAAGUCCUCUCUCUGGUUUUUCAGCACAUGUUAUUCCCUGCAUAUUAUAAAAUUGUAAAGAUCCUUAAUUUCUCUAUCUCUAUGUUACCAAAAAAAAGUUUGUGAGUGUUUAUUCAAAACCUGCCAAGGAGUCCAAUUCAUUUUGUUGUUUCUUUGUAAAAGGUUCCCAUUCUUCUUUAAAGUCACAGUUGUCCUUAUCACGUAGUUUAUGUGUCAACUUCGCCAAUUCCUCAUAGUCCAUAAGUUUCUCGUGCCACAAUUCUUUGGUUGGGAUUUCUUUGUUCUUCCAUCCUUGUGCUAUUAAGACUCUUGCCGCCGUUGUCGCAUACAUAAAGAUGUUUUUCAAUUUCCUUGGCAGGCCGGGGUGAGGCAAGUGUUGCACCCCCUAUGGUGGGUUUGGCAGGCAGGGUGGUGAUGCCCUCCCCUUCUUCUCCCUCUCUCUAGGCCAGCCGAGGGAUGGGGCGCACGUGGUGGGCGUCCCUUCUCCAGCCACAAGGAGAAGGAGGCGCCAUUGCCAGUGUUAUGUACUGAAGUUCUCACCCUGGGCCAGCAGGGGAUACUGUAGAUAGUUCAGGUCCAAAUAUGCAAAUAAGGGAUCGAAAGUGACGUUCAGUGAUUGGAUAGUUACAGAAAGUUGUUACAGUUACAUUGUACUGGAGCUCUAUAUAAGCAGGCUGGCUGAACCCUUGAGUUCAGUUCUGUUCUGACCUGUGAAUAAACAAGAGCUGUUUGAAGAAUCGCUGUGUCGUCUGAUAUAUUCACCCACAACUUAACAGCCAGCCCAGCCCUGAAGGCCUGGCUUGCCUUCCUGUGGCUCCAGCCUCGAUGAGGGAGCCUGUAGUGGGGCGCCUGGUUACGCCCCCUCAUAUAUUUACACCUGGGACCACGGCCCUCCGUGCUACGCCUCUGAUGUUCAGGGUCCGUCCUGCUGUGCUGCAUCCUGGCAAUGCGUUCCGUUCCAUGAGCUUUUGCAAACUGUUUCCUCCAAGCUCCUGCGGUGAGGACGGGCCUCUGGCCAAUGUGGAAACUGCAAAUUACAUUUGCAAUUGAGCAGCGAGUGAUUUCAAAUUGGAAUCGGCAGGUUCGCUGCUACCUGCUGACAGCAACCAUCUUGACAAAAAGCAGCUGAUCUGAGGCUCUGGCAGGUUCCUGUGCCUCCUUUGCUUAUGCAUAUGGAGGGGCUCUGUCAGUUUGUGGAAGCAGUAAGCCAUUUCCAGAGCAUGGAUUACAUUUAACUCUCUGUGUGGUGUGUGUGUGUGUGUGUGUGCCUGCAAUUUGCAGUGCACCAACACCCUUUUUUUCCAGAGGCUUUUGUGAUGUAUGCGAGAGCUGAUCCACACAUUUAUUUACUUAGUUUUAAAGCAGUUAUCUCCCGCUUUUCUGUGAGUUUUCCACCCGGCACCCCGGGGGCAGAUGGCAGUAAGUAGUUUAAGAACACAUUGCGUUGCAAUAAAAACAACAACAAAAUAGAAACCGGAGCCAAUUAAAGAGCAAAUAAAUGAUGGAUUUCACAGAAGAACUGCUAAACAGAUAUUGUUGAAAGCUUGGGCAUAUCCAAUGAGAUGUUUUUAACCGUCAUGGAAAAGAUUGCAAUGUAGAAGCAUGAUGGUUGGGACUGGGGAGCCUGUUCUGUUGAUAGUCUGGGGGCCAGUGCCGAGAAGGCCCUGACCUCUGAAGACACCCGUCUCACCUUUGGAGGUGGAAGCAUCUGAGUCUAUCCUACAGUCAACUCAAUGAUGUGAGACACCAUUUAAUGUUGCGGUCAUCACUUGAUGCUGCAAGCAAAUGAGAUGCAUCUGGGAUAGUCCAUGAAACACUUCUUUCAGUUGAAAAUAGAUGUUGGAGCUGAUUUGGGGGUGCUAUGGAAGUUCUGCUUAUUGCUUUUCCUCUACGAUAGGGAAAGAGAUUUUGUAUCCCUUUGAUUCCCAUUUCAAUACAAUCUCAUGUCAUCUGCACUUCCCAAGCCAUUUAUAUGCACCAGGUGAAAACAUUCCUCAUCUCCCAGGCCUUUGGCAAUCUAUGACCUUUUAAAUUUAUGUAUUUUUGCAUUUUUAUAUUGUAAACUGCCCUGUGUUCCUCAGAUAAAGGGUGGUAUGGAAAUGUUGUUGAUGACGACAACAACAACAACAACAACAAUAUAUGAACCAAAAUGCAACUAUCCUUCACACGUUUCUGAAUUUUGCAAUGCAGGCUCUCUACACAUCAUAUAUUUAAAGCACAUCACUUUCCCCAUAAAACCCCAUGAACUGCAGUUUGUUAAGGGUCCUGGGAACUAUAGUUCUGUGAAGGGUAAACUACAGCUCCCAGGAUGCUUUAAAUGUGCUUUACAUGUAUACUGCAUAUGAAGGCAUGGUUCUCCAACCAUAAAAUGUGAAUGAAAGUGCAAAUAUACAAGGAAAAUGCACAAAAUCUAUUUAUUUUAUUUUUUUAAUUUAUUUAUUUAUUUAUUUAUUUGUUUAUUAUCACAUACAGUUUGUAUAACCACUCGAAUGUAAAAAGAAAAAAGAAAAAAGAAAACCUCACAGUGGUUUACAAAAUGAGUGGAAUUAAUUAGUGAAAAGUACACAGACAUGCAUUGUAUUAGGGAACGCUGCUUGCAAAAAUGUCUCCAGCAAUGUGGAUGUUAAGAGAAAUGGGCACAAGAGCGAGUACAAAUUUUCAUGCAAGCUCUUAGAAAGCCAUUCACAAACUGAUGCAGAAAUGGUGCAAGCUGGAAUUAAGAAGGGAAGAAUGAAUCAUUCAAUUGUAGAGUUAGAGGGGACCACGAGGAUCAUCUAGUCCAGGCAUGGCCAAACUUGGCCCUCCAGCUGUUUUGGGACUACAACUCCCAUCAUCGCUAGCUAACAGGACCAGUGGUCAGGGGUGAUGGGAACUGUAGUCCCAAAACAGCUGGAGGACCAAGUUUGGCCAUGCCCCAACCCUCUGCAAUGCAGGGCUGUUGUUUUUUGCCCAAUAUGGGGCUCGAACCCACAACCCUGAGAUUAAGAGUCUCAUGCUCUACCAACUGAACUAUUCCUCAUGGGCAAACUCAACCAAUCAGUUCAUUUUUAGUCUCCGAUAGCUGUUUCACAUGGAGAAGCUAUUGCUUGAUGGUGCUGUUGCAGAGAGAAUGGCAUAUAUAUGUGAAGUAGUGGGAGGUAGGGAUUAACGUCCCCAUAUAGCUUUUUUGUUACAGUGGCACCUCAGGUUACAUACGCUUCAAGUUACAGACUCCGCUAAGCACCAGAAAUAGUGCUUCAGGUUAAGAACUUUGCUUCAGGAUGAGAACAGAUAUCGUGCUCUGGCGGCGCGGCGGCAGCAGGAGGCCCCAUUAGCUAAAGCGGUGCUUCAGGUUAAGUACAGUUUCAGGUUAAGAACGGACCUCUGGAAUGAAUUAAGUACUUAACCCGAGGUACCACUGUAUUUCAAGAGAGGUGGACCCUAAGCUGGUUGCAUUUCCAACUCAAUGUCCCUCUCCCCCCCGCAGUCUAAGUGGGUGCUAGCAAAGUCACUUAAAUAACACAAAUGGUGUCCAGAAAGAAAACUCCUGACACCACUUAACUGAAGAAACUUGAGGAGAAAGGAACAGAGACGUUUUUGUCACUCUCUGGUCGGGCCUUGUACGUAGCAGGGAGACAUUCAACCAAACAUACAGAGGAAAACUCAUUCAAAGCUACGCGCUCAAUCAGAGAAGGUGCUGGUUCAGUGAGGAUCUUGCAACGCUGCCUGGUUCCCAUCUCCCUUUUGGCUAGUUGACCUGAACAUGAAGAGAAAUAACCCUUAAGUUACAAAUGGAAAUAUCCCUGUCAUUGCACUUUGAACAGCUGGAUCCUUUGAAGAGGCAAUCUUUGUCCUUGAUUCUUUAAGCCUGGGGUGAGGGACCUUUUUUGGUCUGAGGACUGCAUCCCAGAGUGGUUCAGCAAUCAAUUCCUUCUCCCAGGUAGGGGAAUAGGGGUUUCCUAAGAACUCUCAACUCCCUUAACAAACUACAGGUCCCAGAAUUAUUUUGCAGGAAGCCAUGGCUGCUUAUUGUUGAAUGAUGUGACUUUAAACGUAUAGUUCAGAAUGAAUCUAUAAUCUUACCUUCAGCUGAGUCUGAUAGAGGUUAGGAAGAGGGAGUUGAUAUGAUGGGAUUGAUAUAAACAAAUUGCACCAUUCACAUUCUAACUUGUUUAUUUCCAACAUAUUCCAAGUUUGCUGGUGAAAUUUUCCUCUUAAAGGCUCAUACUUGAUGACUAAUUGCUUUUGCUCAUUACCUUUCUCUCCCUCCCAAACACCAAGUUCAUCUAGAACGGGGAGCGUUGAAAAGGAAUUGAGCGAGGAGGAGACUAGUACAUUUGAUUGCUUGUUUCCCAAGCAAUUUGGAACAAUCAGAAUUUCUUCACCAUUUCCCCCUUUUAAAUGUGUUUCAGGUGAAGCAGUCAGCGGCCUCUGUAAAUACUGUAUUUUUUGCUCUAUAAGACUCACUUUUUCCCUCCUAAAAAGUAAGGGGAAAUGUGUUUGCGUCUUAUGGAGCGAAUGCAGGCUGCGCAGCUAUCCCAGAAGCCAGAACAGCAAGAGGGAUUGCUGCUUUCACUGCGCAGCGAUCCCUCUUGCUGUUCUGGCUUCUGAGAUUCAGAAUAUUUUUUUCUUGUUUUCCUCCUCCAAAAACUAGGUGCGUCUUAUGGUCUGGUGCGUCUUAUAGAGCGAAAAAUACGGUAAAUAAGGGACCUCACCGAAUACCCUCACACUUGCCCCUCUUUCAAAGUUAUUAGCCUCUGGGGACAUGGGCUGGGGAGGGCUGCAUUGAUAGGAGUGGGGUCACAUGCCUCCAUGCAGAGCUACACAUGAUGUUUGCAAAAGAAUUAUGCAACGGCAGCGGUUGGGAACAUUUGGCAUUAUAGCAAGGAAUCGAAAGCAGCCAGAGAGCAGAGAGAUGGAUAUGAUGGGACUCUCGUUUCCAUCUCCCUACCCUGCUCCACAGGGAAAGCACCAUAGCUCAGUGUCCGAACAUCUGCUUUGUGUCUAGAAGGUCUCGUUUUCAUUCCCCAGCACCCCCCUGCCUGAGCCCCUGGAAAGCUGCAGCCAGACAAGACAGACUUAGAUGGACUGAUGGUCUGAUCUGAUAAUAAUAAUAAUAAAUUUUUAUUUAUACCCCGCCCUUCCCGGUUCAAAAACCGGGCUCAGGGCGGCUAACAACAAAUUUAAAACACUUAAUUAAUGCAACAAAAAACAGCAUAAAAUACAAUAUAAAAUGUGAAUAACAAUAAAUUCAGAAUUCAAAAAUCAAUUCGGGGGGAAACCCAUCCAAUAAACAUUAGAUGAUCACCAGGGCUAGCUGGCUAAAUUAGUCCUAUUUGGGCCAGCGUGGGGACCAGGGGAGAAUUAGCUGUAGGAUCCCAGAGUGGGUAAUCUUCAUAAAAAGGGGAGGGGGAGGGAAGGAAGGGGAAUAAAAGAUCAGGCUAAGUUCAAGUUGAAAGCCAGGCGGAAUAGCUCUAUCUUACAGGCCCUGCGGAAGGAAGUUAAAUCCUGCAGAUAGAAGGAAGGCACCUGUGUUCUUGCGUUCUGGGUGUUCCGGCUGGGUGCAAAGGUUUUUCUCUCGCAUUUCAACAGGAAUGCUGUUCCACAGAACGGGGGCAGCCACGCUACAAACCCUGCUCUGAGUUACUGCAGAAAGAGACUUCCAAGAUCUUUGGAACUGGCAGGGGAAACUCUUGCACAGACCGCAGCGAUCUACAGGGUGUACAAGGGAUAAGGCAGAUAGAGAGGUAGGUUUGCCCUACAAAAUCAAAGGAGGCUUCCCAAUGAGAGGGAGUUGAGGUUCCUUAACAGCAACAACAGUUUUAUUAUUUAUACCCUGUCCACCUGACUGUGUUACCCUAGCCACUCUGGGCAGCUUAGAAUGAAAUUACAGCAAACGCUAAACAUUAAAAACUUGCCUGCCUUCAGAUGUCUUUGGAAAGUUCUGUACAGUGGUACCUCGGGUUAAGUACUUAAUUUGUUCCGAAGGUCCGUUCUUAACCUGAAACUGUUCUUAACCUGAAGCACCACUUUAGCUAAUGGGGCCUCCUGCUGCCGCCACACUGCCAGAGCACAAUUUCUGUUCUCAUCCUGAAGCAAAGUUCUUAACCCAAGGUACUAUUUCUGAGUUAGCGGAGUCUGUAGCCUGAAGCAUAUGUAACCUGAAGUAUAUGUAACCCAAGGUACCACUGUAGUUGUUUAUCUCCUUGACAUCUGACGGGAGGGCAUUCCACAGGGAAGGUGCCGCUACCGAGGAGGCCCUCUGCCUGGUUCCCUGUAGCUUCACUUCACUCAGUGAGGGAACCACCAGAAGGCCCUCGGAACUGGACCUCAGUGUCUGGGCAGAACGAUGGGGGUGGAGGCGCUCCUUCGUGUAUACAUAGGGAUGGGAAGCCUGUGGCCCUCCAGAGGUUGUUGGACUACAAGUCCCAUAAUCCCUGACUAUUGGCCACAGCAUCCCAGGGACCACAAGUUGCCCACCCCAUAGUGCUUUGCCCAUCCUGCCCAAUCUUAAAGAGGAUUUGGAUGGAUCCUGUUUUACAAAAGCCACAUCCACUCACCAAGGGGGAAAGACAUAGUGCAGUGACCUCUUCUUUUCAUGCAGGUGGCCCCAGAUUCAAUACCUGACACCUCCAGGUAGAACCAGGGGAGACCCCUGUGCAAAAUCCUAGAGCAGCCUUUCUCAACCUUGGGUUGCCAGAUGCUGGACUACAACUCCCAUCACCCCUAGCUGGCAGAACUAGGGACCAGGGAUGAUGGGAGUUGUAGUUCAACAACAUUUGGGGGCCCAAGGUUGAGAAAGGCUGUUCUAGAGAGUUGCUGUCAGUCUGUGUAGAAAAUACUGAACUAGCUGGACCCGAGGUCUGACUCAGUAAAAGACAGCUUCCGCUCUGUUCCUAAUAAGGCUGGAUUUAGCUCCUGGCUAUGUGCACAGCCAGAGAGAUCUUUAGGGAUCCGACGCAGGUUUUCGAUGUCAUGUGAUACCACUGUGGAGGAGUAGGGAAGAAAUACUCCUGAUUAUUGCAAGAGGAACAAUAACAUCAAAAAGGGAGCCCUAGGCAGAGUCGUAUUCUCUCAGCUGCAAGCCUUGCCUUGAGCUGCUUUUAAGGGUAACUCAAACAACGAAGUGUUUCCAACACUGAAUAUGCUGCCGUAAUUAUUACUACUCAUAAUGUAAGGUACUGGGGGAAAGAGUUAAAUCAAAAUAAGAACCUUAUAUGAGCUGUUUUGCUGAGCAAUGUGCACCCAAAAUGGGUUUUGUUCUUCAACUGGGGGCAGGUUUACUAUGAUAGUGUUGUUCACUACCAUGUCAAUGGCCUUCCAGAUGUUGAUGGACUCCCAACUGUUGACAGCCCCAGCCAGCAUGGCCAAGGGUCAGGAAUAUAUGGAGCUGUAGUUCUGCUAGCAUUUAAUGUUUGAUGCAUUACUGUAUUUUAAUAUUUAGUUGGAAGCCGCUCAGAGUGGCAGCCAGAUGGGCGGGGUAUAAAUAAUAAAUUAUUAUUAUUAUUAUUAUUAUUAUUAUUAUUAUUAUUAAUUAUUAUUAUUUGGAUAUCCACAGGUCUUCUACCCCGAGCUAUGUGCAAAAUAGUAUGUAAUUUUAUCUCCUUUUGUUUUGGAUUACAAGUCCCAUCAUCCCUGAUGAUUACCCAUGCUGGCUAGAAGUUUUAGUCCAUAAUAUCUGGAGGGCACGAUGUUCAUUAUCCCUGGUGUAAAGUUACUCUCUUAAACCGGGGAAAACGUUAUUGGAUCGUGGGCUGCAUUUCCAUCUUAGCAACCUUACAGGGGCCGCAUGCUGGCGGUGGGUGGGGCAAGAGGCAAAAGUGGGCGGGGUCACAAAUAUGAAUGAGGCAACAAGAAGGCUUUGUUAGUGAUGGAUUAGCAUAGAGCGAGUUGGGAAAGGAAACGAAAAUAAGCAGAAGCUGGGUACUUCUUCUCUUUUCUUUGAUGGGGUCCUUUCUUCACACUAGUGGUUUAAAUGGUGACACUUCAGUGCAAGAUGGUUUGCAUGUCUAAGUGGAAGCUAAAGGUUAUAUUCCAGCUGGCUGAAGAGCUUUUGUUAAAGCCAAGUGUGUUCUCUAAGUUGCCUCUGUGUGACCAGGAGUAAGCCCCACAGAGUUCAAAGGAGCUUACGUCUAGGAAACUAUGCAUCGGCUUAUUAAAAUCCUAGUAUACUGUGUGUUGAAAUAUGUACCUGCUCUUUGAUGGCAGUGUACGUGUGUAGUUAUGCAUAUUGCAGUGACUAACAAAACAGAAAUGUUAAAUUCUUAAAGCAAAAUAUUUUGGCUUCUGCUUUCAUCAGUUGCUCUCAUAAAAAUUAUGCCGUUUCCAAGGAGGCUGUUAUAGAGCUUUGAGAAUGGACUGCUCAAAAGGCCUUUGAAGCCACUGAAGCUAAGAGAUGCUGAUACUCUACUCUAGCUUGAAACCCUGCAGUCUUGAUAUGCUCAGAUUUUACAUCCAGAAGUUCUUCCUUUCUCCUAACAUUGUUGGAUCUGUCUGCAUCUCUAUAGCAAUUAUCGAUAACAGGCUGUGGUUCUCAGAAUUAAAAUGUUUAGCAACAGGAUGCUCUGCUUUUCUUUUCUUUUUUGUCAAAACUGAUGAUUUGUGGUUUCUAAAAUGUGUUCGCAGGUUGAUUUUGCGAUGCAAUUUCCCCCCAGAGAAAUAGCUUUUUUUCCAGGGCCUCAGUCUCACUUUUUGGGCUCUGGGCCUGAAAAAAAGCAAGUUUCUGUCGCAAAAUCGUGCAAGAUUGCAUCACCCAAAAUGGCCGCUUUCCUCUUAUGAGAGAAAAAGGGACGAUGGUGUCCCAGAAGAUGGUCUCCCAGUUUUUCCCUUUGAAAUGUUGGGAGGGGGUCUAAGAGAGGGGUUAGUGAGCAUGUGCAGAAACCAGCCUUCUGCACAAUGGUAAAAUUCGCACUCGUCGCUCCGCCCACCUUCACACCUGACCACGCCCAGAACUGGGACAUGGCCCUUCGAGGGUAAUCCAGAAAGGAUCACGGACUUCAGGCCGAAAAGUGUUUCCCGUCCCUGUGUUGAGUGAUCAGUAAUUUCCCCCUCUGUGUCCCUUUGUGGGAUCUGCAAUUGCAAGUUUCCGCUGCGAUCAUUACACCCUUUGCACAUGUGAUCUCAGCCUCCUGCUACCCCGGCCCCUCAGAAAGCUCCCAGAGCCGCUGGACACUGUUUGCCAAAAAGAGCUGGGGGGGCUUUGCCAGGAAGCCACUGAACCUGCAGCUUGCCCAGCUCCCAAGCAAGCACUGGCCUAAAGCAGAGAGCGAUUUCUGUUGUUUUCUGCAGAAGGUCCCCAAGGGCAGUGAAUUAGGAAGGAUUAAUUGAACGGGUAGCCUGAUGAUCCCUCCAGGAGGGAAGAACAGCCACAUAGUUACAUAAUCUCUCCCCCUCCCCACCUCCCUGCUUUAAGUAAUAAACUCAUCAGAUAAAGCAGCUCUAGUUUGUUGGAGGUCACUAAUUCCUCCCUCCCUUUCCCUUUGUAACUGUUGCUUUGCCCAAACUCUUUGGAAAGAGUGUUGCCUUGAUGCACAUCAAAGGGAAGCAGACCGUUGCUCUUCCUAAAUGUAUUUCUUCCUCGAGAUAGGUGGGUUUUUAUAAAGGGAUCUUGGCACUUUUUUUAUUUGAACCAAAAACCACCUCAGGAUAUUUGGGAGGUGGGAAAGCCGGUGGAUAUUUUCCAAUCAGCACAAUAGCGCAGGGAGGGAAAUGUGAUUAGGUUGGUUCACAUCAGAAUUCAAAGUAUCAAAUCCAGCCUCAAGCUGGAUUCUCUACAAAUAGGUAAAUCUGCAUCAUCAUCAUCAGUGUUAUUUUUCUAGAAAAAGAGGUGUCGGAACAGACCAUGAAGGUCUCUCUUAUUCUCUUAUAAUGGCACCCACCUGGAGGUUCCGGCUGGGGGGAAAAAGCCCUAAUCAUUAUCGUUAUCCAUCGUUAAUCAGUCGCUUUAUGCAAUAAAAAGCCUCAAAAUGACUUGACGGGGUAAAACACAAAACACAAAUGUAAUUAAAAACUGGAGGGGGGGGAAUGGAACAAUGAACAUUACAAAAUACAUCAAAAGCUCAUCCAGCGACAUUUUAACCACCUAAGAGGUUUUAUUACAGUCAAGUGGUAUGCAAAUGAUGUGAAAUAAAUAAAGAUAAACACCACCUCAAAAAUCAUCACCGAACAAGAGGCUGUUUGCUGUCCCUGCUCAGUACCUUGUACUGCCUUGGCCUCUCCUACCUCAAACACACUCAGACAUGCCCACAUUGAAUUGAUUCUAGCAUUGGACCCCACAUUCACUCUUCCAUUCUGAACAGAGGAAAAGUACAAAUAUAUAUUCUCUUAUUAUUUUUAAUAACAGCUCAGGGGCGCCUGUUGUAGAUGUUGUUUUCCUCCACUGAUGGGGUGCGAAAUGGUGGGGUGGGGAGCAAGCCCACACCAUUUUGUGAUUCUGUACCCUUAUAUGCUCAUUUAGAUAAGUCAGCCAUUUUGUGCUAUGCCACACACACCCAUUGGCCGCCAUUUUGUUUUUCCUUUUAUUUAUUCUUUAUAAAUUAUAUUCAUAAAACUGCCCGCUGGUAUAAAACACAUCAAGGUGGCGUACAGCAAUAUAUGCAAAUACGAUGGGACAUAAAAUACCGUUAAAACAAUGCAAAAUAAUCGUGAAUAUGUCUGGCUCAUCUUAGGAAAAUUUAAACAACUGGAUAGAAUUGUCGGCAUAAAAAGGACUUCAAGAAAUACCUGAAAAUUAGCAAUUGCCAAAUCUCAGUUGGGUGUGUGUUGCACACCAUGGGACCAAUGACACCAAACACUUGACUACUAGCUGAAGCCAGUCAGGCUUCUGAAACACAGGGACAAUUCACAGCCCUCCUCUAGAUGAUUGGGUGUGUUUAGCCUGGGAAAGAGGAGGCUGAGAGGAGAUGAUAGCCAUCUUCAAAUAUCUGAAGGGCUGUCACACAGAAGAUGGAGCCAGCUUGUUUUCUCUGGCUCUGGAGGGUAGGACUCGACCCAGUGGAUUCAAGUUGCAAGAAAGGAAAUUCUGACUAAGUUAUCAGGAAAAGCUUUCUGACAGGAAGAGCUGUUUGACAGUGGAACAGAUUCCAUCAGGAGGUGGUGGACUCUCCUUCCUUGUAGGUUUUUAAGCAGAGGUUAGAUGGCCAUCUGUCAGGGAUGCUUUAGCUGAGAUUUCUUCAUUGCAGGGGAUUCUAUGACUGCAGUGAUCUCGCUGGAAUAUAAGAGCUUGUGUGGUCUUUAAGAUAUCCUGGACCCAAGUUCUUUAGGGCUUUGUAUAUUAGUACAAGAACCUCCGACUAGGCCCUGUAGCAUAUGGGCAGCAGUGCAGCUGUUUUGCCAGAGAUAUCACAUAACAUGCCUCACAACAUUUCUCCAGUGAAAAUAGGUAUGUCCCAUUCCUUAAUGAUAAUUUUACUAUUGAUACCCCACACAUCUUACUAGGUUGCCCCAACCACUCGGCAGCUUCCAACGUAUAGAAAAACAUAAUAAAACAAUAAACAAUAAAAAACUUCCCUAUACAGGAUUGUCUUCAGGCGGCUCAUGGGUCUGAUAACUCCAUACCCUCCAACAUUUCUCCAGUGAAAAUAGGGACGUCCUAAGGAAAAGUGGGAUGUUCUGGGAUCAAAUCAGAAACCGGGACUGCUUCUCUAAGUCAGGGACUUCCCUGGAUAAUAGGGACACUUGGCAGGUCCACACCUGCAGUUCUUUUUUGCCGCAUUCUGCUCUAGAAGGAGCUUCUAGGCCAGCCCCACAUAGAGCCCAUUGCGGUAGUCCAUUCUCAAGAUUAUCAAUGCAUGGGGCUACAGUGGCUGGUUUAAUCUGAUCCAAAUACAGCUCAUAGAAUCAUAGAAUCAUAGAGUUGGAAGAGACCACAAGGGCCAUCGAGUCCAACCCCCUGCCAAGCAGGAAACACCAUCGGAGCACUCCUGACAUAUGGUUGUCAAGCCUCUGCUUAAAGACCUCCAAAGAAGGAGACUCCACCACACUCCUUGGCAGCAAAUUCCACUGUCGAACAGCUCUUACUGUCAGGAAGUUCUUCCUAAUGUUUAGGUGGAAUCUUCUUUCUUGUAGUUUGGAUCCAUUGCUCCAUGUCCGCUUCUCUGGAGCAGCAGAAAACAACCUUUCUCCCUCCUCUAUGUGACAUCCUUUUAUAUAUUUGAACAUGGCUAUCAUAUCACCCCUUAACCUCCUCUUCUCCAGGCUAAACAUGCCCAGCUCCCUUAGCCAUUCCUCAUAAGGCAUUGUUUCCAGGCCUUUGACCAUUUUGGUUGCCCUCCUCUGGACACGUUCCAGUUUGUCAGUGUCCUUCUUGAACUGUGGUGCCCAGAACUGGACACAGUACUCCAGGUGAGGUCUGACCAGAGCAGAAUACAGUGGCACUAUUACUUCCCUUGAUCUAGAUGCUAUACUCCUAACCAGCUGUUGCUGGUUUCUCAGGCAAGGCUGCUAAAAGGCACUCCUGAUUAGCUCCCACUGCAUGUCCCUCAAAAUCCCAAAGGAACCCGCUGGCUCAAAAAGUUUGGUGACUCCAGAUAUAUGUGCUUUGAUUUGCAGAAACAAUUUAAAAAAAUUAACUGUGUCAGCCAAAACCACAAAACAUUGAAAACAGGUAUUCUAAAGCCCUUGGACCCAUGCUGGGAACUAAUUGAAAUCAACACUGGGCAGGUAAUUGGUUAUUUAUGCUUGUUCUGGUAACAGGUGAGAGAAGGGAGGAUAAAUUCCCUGCCCAGUUUUGAGUUGUCCACCCAAUGAGAGGCGUUAUGGGAAAGGACUGUCGGCUCAGUGGGAGAUCAUCUUCUUUGCAUGCCGACGACCUCAGGUUCUAUUCUUGGCACCUCCAGGUACAGCUAGUAAUGUUACCUGUCUGAAACCCCAGGGAGGGGGGACUGCUGUUCAUCAGUGUGGGACAAUACAGAGCAAAAUAGGCCAAUGGUCUUAACACAGCCUACUAUGUCUCUAUCCAGACCCUUCCCUUGUUAUGAAUUUCAUAACACCGACAGAACCACCGACAGCAGAUGAAAGGAAAUUGACAAGAGGCUGUAUUUAAAGAGAUUACGGGGUCUUCUAGGGAUAAGCUAGAAAUUCAAUUAAAGCUCCUCUUGCGCUUUCUCUUUUUCCUGGCCAAACCAGCUGCAGGGAACCAAAUCCAAGAAUCAAGGAGACCUUUAAGCAUCUUCCAGGUGCGUUCUGGUCCCAUUCUUAAAGGGCCAAUCAGCGAAUUCUGUAGGGAAUUCAUGUAAGCCGCACAGGAUUGUUCUAACACAACAGGAGCCUGUCUUCUAAUGCCUACGUAGUUCGUAGCAAAUCUGACAGGAGUGUGAGAUUAUGUGUUUCGUUCUGGGUUGGGAGGAACACAGGAAGCUGACUGAAGCCAAAUUCCUCCGUCUAGCACAGUCAUGUUGGCACUGACUGCCAGAGGCCCUCCAAGGUUUCAUUUGGGGGACAUUCCCAGCCCUGCCUGCUGAGGAUUAAAGAUGCCACCUUCUGCAUGCAAAGCAGAUGUUUAAUCACUGAGCCACACCCCUUCCUCAGGACCCACAUGCCUGCUGAGAUAAUUCAGAAAGUUUCCAGGUGUGUUAGUGGUUCAGAGGGCAGUCUGCAGGUACAGAGCACAGCUCUUCAGCUGAAGUUAAGCAGGUUCUAGCUUAGUUAGCUGCCUUGAUUGGAGGCUGAACAGGAACCAGACGGAAGCUGCUCUGAGCUGUUUGGAGAACAAGUGAUCACAACUACAUACAAAUAUGGGAGCAAAGGGUGCUGUUAGCACCUCAGUCCAUCUAGGUCAUUACUGUCUACACUGAUUGACAGCAGUGCUUCAGGUAAUAAUAAUAAUGAUAAUAAUUUAUUAUUUGUACCCCGCCCAUCUGGCUGGGUUUCCCCAGCCACUCUGGGCAGCUUCAAACAAGGACAAAAAAUACACUAAAAUGUCACACAUUAAAAACUUCCCUGAGCAGGACUGCCUUCAGAUGUCUUCUGAAAGUCAGGUAGUUGUUUAUAUCUUUGACAUCUGCUGGGAGGGCAUUCCACAGGGCGGGCGCCACUACCGAGAAGGCCCUCUGCCUGGUUCCCUGUAGUUUUGCUUCUUGCAAUGAGGGAACCGCCAGAAGGGCCUCGGCUUGUUGUCAGACAGCGGACUUUGCUAUCCCAUUCUGGAAAUGUCGGGGUUUGAAGAGUUGGCAGUUUAGCUGGGAAGACAUUUGGUGCUUCACCGGAUGAGCUGGGGGUGGAGAGCAUGGGAUCGGCCAAGGAAAUCAUGCAGAUCAUUGGUAAAGCAUGUGUUUUGCAUGCCCAAGACUCCAAGUUCAGCCCCUGACAUUCCCAGGGAGGGCUGUUCAAAACCCAGAAGAGUCACUGCCAGAAGGGCCGUCUUAAGUAUAUCCAGCACCGUGGUGCAAAGAUCCCUCCGGCGCCGCCCGUCCCCGUUUUGCAGAGUUGCCGACCUUUUUAUGGCACUGCCGGCAGCUUUGCAGGGCUGGAGGAGGGGGGCAGCGGCUGGAGGGCAGCUCCUCCGGUGGGGAAGAGGCAGAGGCUCAGGGCACGGUGCUGCUUCAGCGAGGUGGGCGAGGGCAGUGUGCUGAUGCCGGGAGGUGCUGUGCCCAGUGUCUGCCUCUUCCCUGGCACCUGUGCCACGAUGGCCAUGGCAGGCUGAGGCUCUGGGUGCAGUGCUGCUUCGGUGUGGCAUGGCUGAGGCGGGCGAGGACAGUGAGCUGGUGCCAGGAGGCGCUGCAUCCAGCCUCCGCCUCUUCCCUGGCACCCUCCAGAACUUGGCACCCUGGCGCCCAGCGCCACUUGCCUCUAUGGGCAAGACGCCCCUGACUGCCAGUCAGUGAAGACUGGGUUUAACCAACAUGGCAACCUCCAGAUGACUCUGGAGGCUGCACUUCCCAUCAUCCCUGACCAUCAGCCAUGCUGGCUGGGGCUGAUGGGAGCUGUAGUCUAACAACGUCUGGAGGAAAUCACAUUGGCUACCCCCGUAAGCAGACAAUACUCGGCUAGAUGGACUCAUGCUCAGACUCGAUAUCUGACAUGUCCUUCUGUCCCUGAGAUCCUUUGUUUGCUCCGUGAACUGAUUUGGCCUUCCGGUUUCUGCAGUGCUCAGCGAGUGGUAUGAGGCUGGUCUCGCCAGCUGACAUAGAGCCCCUCAACGUGACCACAAGAGUGUUUUCGUUACAUCUCUUCCCCCUGGCCAUGGCAAUCGACUCUAUUGACCAGUCUAGCUGUGAGAUUCAAAGCAACAACACACCCAGAUCAGGAAGCUCGCAGGCAUGUCGUCAACAUUGUGGCUCCAAGGUGCAUUUUGCAAAUGCGGUUGUUCGAUGGGCCUCGCCUUGUCACGAAAACGACCACUUAUUCUGUUCCCUGCUCUGUUGUGCUCUUGCGAAUUCCAUGUAUAUCCUCCCCUCCACUCUCCAUUAUGCUUCCUUGACACUCCCAGCUAGAUGCAAAAUGAGAACACAAAUUUCAUAAUGAAAAAAAGCAAAGAAACCAAUAACCCCGCCUCCCACAAACACAUUUAAAAGGCCACAGAUUCUUCAACACUUCAGAAACCAUCCUUAUUUUUAUUAUUAUUAUAGGGGAUGAAACGCACCUUCAAUGGAACAAAUGCACACUCAGUGCUUCUAAAGUUUUUAAAAAGCGGUCAGUCGUCCUGAAAUAGUAGUCAAUUUGCACAGUUUAUACUACUUCUAAUGUUUCACCAUCCAUUUCAUCUAUCUGAAUGCUUUGGGAGUGUCUGACGCGGUAGCACUGUUGAAGCUAAGUACCAACGACUGUUAUUUGAAGGAAUGCCCAUGAGGGCUAGUAUCUUGAUUCCCCAGCCCAGAGUGGCUGAGGAAACCCAGCCAGAUGGGCAGAGUAUAUAUAAUAAAAUUAUUAUAAACAAUAAUAAUUAUUUCUUUUCUAAUUGAUGAAAGCUGAGAUUCUGGGGAUGCAUAAUUCUGCACUCGGUUUCAAAAUGUUGAGCUGUAAACAGUGCUAGUCCUACUCAGAGUAGGCCUUCUGAAGAUAACAGGCGUGGCUACCUUAGGUUAAUUCAUGUCUGUGUAGACCAGGGGUCAGCAAACGUUUUCAGCAGGGGGCUGGUCCACUGUCCCUCAGACCUUGUGGGGGGCUGGACUAUAUUUUGAAAAAAAAAAUGAAUGAAUUCCUAUGCCCCGCAAAUAACCCAGAGAUGCAUUUUAAAUAAAAGGACACAUUCUACUCAUGUAAAAACACGCUGAUUCCUGGGGCAUCCGCAGGCAGGAUUUAGAAGGCGAUUGGGCCAGAUCCAGCCCCCGGGCCUUAGUUUGCCUACCCAUAGUGUAGACCUAAGCUGGAGACAACCCUACCUGCUUUUCCUGCACAUGGACAAAAGCAGAGAGAAACUUGAACCUUGUUAAGUUUGAAAUAUGAUUUUCUUUUAUCUACCUUACCUUUCAAGCAAAUUCCUGGAGCGGCUAUCACAACUUCUCGUUUCUGAGAGAUAACCCAUGUGUCUUUGUUUUCUCAUUGCAGAACCUCCACUUAGAUCUAUCUGUCUGCAGCACUUCAAAAUCUAAGGGCUCCUUCCUCUCUUCCAUAGGGUCAAGACUGGGAGGGAGCUGAGGGCAACGCCCCCCAAAGAGUCCAGAGACCCUUCCGCCCCACUGCUGCUCGACUCAGGGAUGAGUGCAGGUAGAGUUAACCCUUACAGCAUCGUAUCUUCUGAGGAAGACGGGUUGACUUUAACCACCAUGCCGGGAGUGAAUGGCUUUGGCAACGGUAAGAUCCACACAAGGAGGAAAUGUCGGAACCGGUUUGUUAAGAAGAACGGACAAUGCAACGUUGAGUUUACCAACAUGGAUGACAAACCACAGAGGUACAUUGCGGACAUGUUCACUACGUGUGUGGACAUCCGCUGGAGAUAUAUGCUGCUGCUCUUCUCCCUUGCCUUUCUGGUGUCCUGGUUGUUGUUUGGUCUUAUUUUUUGGCUCAUAGCGCUUGUCCACGGAGAUAUCGAGAAGCCAGUCAAGGACGAAACCUUCACCCCUUGCCUCCUCCAAGUGAAUGGCUUUGUGGCUGCUUUCCUGUUCUCCAUUGAGACACAGACCACGAUAGGCUAUGGGUUCCGGUGCGUCACGGAGGAGUGCCCGCUUGCUGUUUUCAUGGUGGUCCUCCAGUCCAUCGUGGGGUGUAUCAUAGACUCUUUCAUGAUUGGCGCCAUCAUGGCAAAAAUGGCUAGGCCCAAGAAGAGGGCCGAAACCUUACUCUUCAGCCAUCAUGCGGUCAUAGCCAUGAGGGACGGCAAGCUUUGCCUGAUGUGGAGAGUGGGGAACCUGCGGAAAAGUCACAUUGUUGAGGCUCAUGUCAGAGCUCAGCUAAUAAAGUCCAGGAUCACCGAAGAGGGGGAAUACAUCCCACUUGACCAAAUAGAUAUCGACGUCGGGUUCGACAAAGGCUUGGACCGUAUUUUCUUAGUGUCUCCGCUCACCAUCCUCCACGAGAUCAACGAAGAGAGCCCUCUGUUUGGGAUUAGCCGGCAGGAUCUGGAAACGGACGACUUUGAAAUCGUGGUUAUCCUUGAGGGCAUGGUGGAAGCUACCGCCAUGACGACACAAGCCCGGAGCUCCUACUUGUCCAGCGAGAUCUUGUGGGGCCACCGCUUUGAGCCCGUCUUGUUUGAGGAGAAAUGCCAGUACAAAGUUGACUACUCGCACUUCCACAAGACGUAUGAGGUCCCGUCGACCCCUUGCUGCAGUGCCAAGGACCUGAUGGAAAACAAAUUCCUCCUCCCCAGCACCAACUCUUUCUGCUACGAGAACGAGCUUGCCUUCAUGAGCCGCGAUGAGGAGGAAGAGGAGGAGGAGGAGGAGGAUGACGACAGCAGAGGUUUGGACGACCCAGGCUCAGACAACCAGCCUGAAUUUGAGACGCUGCAGGCCACCGUAGCUCUGGAUCAAAGAUCCUACAGAAGGGAGUCGGAAAUAUGACCCAGGGCCCCUGUAACUGCUUUUGAGGGUCUCUCUCCCCCUGCCCCGGUCUCUUUCCCUCCUCAACGAAACCCAAUUCAAAUUAUGCAGAACAAUGCAAGUGCCAUAGGAAUGCCUGAGAGCUAGAAUGGUUUUUAGGGUGUUGUUUUUGUUGUGUGUUUUUUUAAAAACAAAAAAACCCCAAGGUUUAAUCGCAAUAACCACUGAAUGGCAUGGUCUGAGAAACCCUAGGCAGCCUCAAAGUGUUGUGAACAUCCAGUGUUAACAAAGCUGUUAAGAGAACAUAUGGAAAGGCAGAUUCAAUAUGGUGGCACCACAAGCUUAGAAACCCAACCAUUGUGAGUUUGAGGCUCUGUGCAAGCAGGAGUAUCAUCGGAUCCAGAGUGAUAUGAUCGAAGGCUCAUCCCUCUUGUCCUACAACAUUAUCCCAGGGACAGCAGUUCUUUAGCAAUCAGUUGGAGCAGACGGCAAUUCAGGUUUUCUCCUGAUUGCUGUUUGCUGUGGUUUAAAGUUAAAGAGUGAGCUUUCCCUGGGAAAGGUGUGGGGCAAGGGGGAAACUGCACAGACCCAUGCCUGGGAAGCGUGGGUCAAGCAGAAAACUGCUUGGACCCGUGCUUUCUAAGCACAGGACAAGUGGAAAUGUGGGCAAGCUCCUUGUCUCUAUGUUCCCUGUUGAAAAUGAGGGUAUUUUUAUUUUUAAAAGCUAAGCACUAUACAAUUUCAAAAGGAGAAAAUAUCAGGUAGCAAAAUCAUGUUGUUGUUUUUCAAAAUAUGAAUGAACAAAUUAUAUUAUAUUUAAUAUAUGUAAUAUAUACAUGUACUGCCUGGAGAUGUAAUUCUGUUGCACUAGAUCAGUACUUGAAGUCCUACAGCUCAUAGUACACUUUUAUUGUUGAGGGGAAAGCAAGGGAGGUUAUUUUUAAUCUUUUUGUUUGACUUCCCACAUGCAAAACUAUUUACCAAGAAACAUUAUUUUUCAAACAAUAAAAGCGAUUGCUUUUUAGAAGGGAAUGAAGUCCAAAGUCGACAAAAGCAACAAAGCUCUUUUGUCUCUCUCUCUCUUUCUUUCUUAAAAACAAAACAAAACACAUUUUCAUUUAGGAAAAGCUUUCAGUUUUCUUGCCUGGUGUCCUCAAAAGUGGAGGGAGAAAAUCCACACAUAAAAAAUUGUAGAGAAGGACUAGACGUUACAGAUUCAACAUGGGAGCCCCAACCCUGUGGUUUAUUUAUCCUGUGUUGGUAAUGCAGGGCAAGGGGAGAUAGGUGCAGGGAGGAAUCAAGAGGAAUCAGGGAGAAGCAUUUAACCCUUCCUCCAGCCGCUCAUCUCAAAUGACCCAACCCUCUCCCUCCCGUCCCCCCCUCCUCAGACAGGCCCUGAGACUGAAAGUAGGGCCAGGCGUAGGACAACCACUCUCAGAGGGUCCUUUGGAAAGAUCACAGGGGCACAGGAAGGAUUAGACACUGUCCCCUCACCUACCAAUUUCCUCCUAUGGAAGGCAUCGGGAAACUGUGGCCCUCCAGAGAAGUUGCCGUAAUAAUAAUAAUAAUAAUAAUAAUAAUAAAUAAUGUAUUAUUUAUACCUCGCCCAUCAGGCUGGGCCUCCCCAGCCACUCUGGACAGCUCCCAAUAGAAUAUUGAAAACACAAUAAAACAUCAAUAGCACUCACAACAUCCCUUGACCAUUGGCCAUACUGGCUGGGGCUGACGGGGACUGCAGUCCAAAUCCCCCAUUCACAUUAUCAUAGGAAAUGUGGAUGUGCAGAGUUAAAACGAGGUGCCACGCAGACUAAGGUCACAUCCACAACAUACAUCUCAAGCACUCUUAGGCCACUUUGAACAAUUCUGGCUUCCCCCAAAGAAACCUGGGAACUGUAGUUUGUUAUGGCUGCUGGGAAUUGUAGCUUGGCGAGGGGCCUCUGGACAACUCUAAGCACCCUUAGCAACCCACUGUACUCUGGAUUCUUUGGGGGGAACCAUGGCUGGGUUAAGGCGGCAUGAGAGUGCUUGAAUUGUGUGCAGAUGUAGUUUAUGUCUGUAUUUAUUUGGGGGUGUUAUGCCGCCUUACAGAUCAAGGAGGUAAGAGCAGUGGACUCGUAAUCUGGUGAACCGGGUUCGCGUCUCCGCUCCUCCACAUGCAGCUGCUGGGUGACCUUGGGCCGGUCACACUUCUCUGAAGUCUCAGCCCCACUCACCUCACAGAGUGUUUGUUGUGGGGGAGGAAGGGAAAAGGAGAAUGUUAGCCGCUUUGAGACUCCUUCGGGUAGUGAUAAAGCGGGAUAUCAAAUCCAAACUCUUCUUCUCAAACUCACAGUGAACAUGAAGGGAAGGGCAAACAGUUUUUUAAAAUAUUAAGCCAUUAUGAAAAAAUACAUUACAUUUGGGGAAAUUGCUUUGUAUAAGUGUCUAUACAUAUUUAUUAGGAGAAUAUGUAUUAGGAGAAUAUAAUAUAUAUAUACUGAUAUAUUAGGGGAAAGUCACCAUAAAAUGCUGGUGAACCUUCAUGAGGACCUUAAUUUUUUUUUUUUAAAUUAAAAAAAUAAUGUGGAAAUGUGGAGAACUGAACUUAAGAAUGGAAAAAUGAGAAACUGAGAAGAACCAAAACUAAUGACUUGCCCAUCCUUUGUCCUUGACCAUUGUUCAUUUUCUUGAGGCUGAUAGGAGCUGUGGUCCAACAAAACCUGGAAUCCCAUAGAUUCCCUCCCUGUGCAUAAAAGUGAAGGAAAUUAACACUCAUUUAGCAAAUUCAGUAAUUUUUUGUUUCUCCUUACAUUUAUCUUGGGAUGUGGGAGUGUGAGUGUCUAUGGUGCAAUUUCGAUUUUCUGCUUUCAGGUACCACACAAUGUCCUGUUGGACCCCCUCUGCAAUGCCCUCCCUUAGAACAUCCUCUGCCACAGAAAGAUGCUCUGAUUUAUUUGUUUGUUAACCACAGCAGAGGAUGACGAAAUAGAACCAGAUUACUUCUCCUGACUCCUCCAACUUCCUAGGCUCCAAAGGGGCUGUGCCUUAAAAGAGAGGAAGAGAUGCAAUUGUUUUCUGUUCCCAAAGCAUGCUUCUUGGGCCUUGCACCAAAAGCCAUACUGCGUAAAUCUCUUCCUUUCUUCUCCCCCUCUGCCGUAUCUUCUUGCUACUUCCGAGUAACACUCUGUUCUUCUCGCCUAGUCGCAGUAGGUGUCCCUUGACCAGCCAUCUGGAGGAAGGCGUGUGACCGACCCACAGAGCGGAUCAUAAGCAAUAAAUGCAGUUCGCACGGCACACAUUCCAAGCAAAUAUCGAUCUCCCAAGUCCCCAACGUUAUCUGUUAUUGCAACGGAUGAGAGAGAGAGAGAGAGAGAGAGAGAGAGAGAGAGGAGAAACAGAAACAGAGAGAGAGUCUCACCCUGGCUGAAUUUGCCUGGGAGCAAAGGCUGGCAGGAGUUGAAGGACAUAAUAUGUUCCCUGACAGCUUGCAGAGAGGAGGAGGUUGGCAGAGUUGGGGGUAGGGCAGGGAAACCUGUCUAAAAUUAGAAUUUGGUCACUAAGGCCCUGGGUGAGUUCAGGCUGCCAACUGAUCAGACAGGAAAAGCUAGCCUGGGCAUGCUCCUUGGACCCUGGGCUACAACAGUUUGAUCUGCAGAGAUCAGCAGGUGCAAAGGUUUCUCUCAGAGAGGAGAGAAGCUUCAUAGCCUGCGAAAGCCUGCACACCAAACAACAUUUGGAAGAGCAGAAGGAGGAAGGACUGGUGAAAGUAAAAAUAAAAAUUGGCAAGCCUAAAUGUUGCAUGCACUGUAUCAUGUUGUUGCAAUGGCUCCCGAAAGCCUUAGGCUCUUGCCCAAGAACCUCGGGGCGCUGCAACUAUGAUUUAGCUAGGAGCGAGAGAGGUGGACCAAAUUCUGGCGUCGCACAGGGUGCCGCUGAAAUUUGAGACCCCCAAGUCCGCCGUUGCCUGUGCUUGGCUGUCCCAGAAACAUGUGGGUUCCUUCAGAGUGCUGGUAUAAUGCAACCCACACCUUGGUGUUCCCUAAAAGCCAUCAGUAAGCAUUAGCGUUCCAGAGUCACUAAUCCAGAAUUUCCUUUCACUUGGUUCAACAGCUGGCACAUUCAUUGAUGGGACUUGGGGUCAGGGAUGUUGGGACCUUCCAGAUGUUGCUGGACUCCAGCUCCCAUUAUCCAUAACCAUCAGCCAUGCUGGCUGCAGCUGAUGGGAGUUAGGGUCCAAGAAGAGACUCACAGAUGCCCCAUGCCUGGCUCGGCUGACACUCUUUAAGGUUUGUUCUUAACAUAAGAAUACGCAUAAUUACGACUCAUUUAAGAGUGUGACGUUAUGCGUGCCUACUCAGAAGUAAAUGCCAGUGAGUUCAAGGGAUCUUCUAAGUAGUUAUGUUGUCGGAUUGUAGCCUGUUCAUAUAAUAAAAGAUUUCCUCACUUCUUCCCCCUACACAUGUGUAGCAAACACACAAAGGUAAGAAGGACCACCUUCACCCAUCAUCACUGGCUUAAUAAUAAUAAUAAUAAUAAUAAUAAUAAUAAUAAUAAUUUAUUACUUAUACCCCGCCCAUCUGGCUGGGUUUCCCCAGCCACUCUGGGCAGCUUUCAACAAAGGAUUAAAAAUACAUUAAAACAUCAGUCAUUAAAAACUUCCCAAAACAGGGCUGCCUUCAGAUGUCUUCUAAAAGUCAGAUAGUUGUUUAUUUCCUUGACAUCUCAUAGGAGGGUGCCACUACCGAGAAGGCUCUCUGCCUGGUUCCCUGUAACCACACUUCUCGCAGGGAGGGAACUGCCAGAAGGCCCUCGUAGCUGGACCUCAGUGUCCGGGCUGAACGAUGGGGGUGGAGACGCUCCUUCAGGUAUACUGGGCCGAGGCCAUUUAGGGCUUUCAAGGUCAGCACCAACACUUUGAAUUGUACUGGGAGCCAAUGUAGGUCUUUCAAGACUGGUGUUAUGUGGUCUCGGCGGCUGCUCCCAGUCACCAUCCCUUGUGUUCAGAAGAGCAUCUGAAAAGGCAGGUUGCAUUCACACAGGCAUAAGUUUUCCUUGUGAUUAGGAAUCGUGGGGAGCCUAGAGCACAUAGACUCCCUGAACAUUGGCAGAUUCAUGUUACGUGUGGAGGAGGAAUGAAUGAAGACACCUCAAAAGUUUGAGUUCAAGGUGGCAUGCCUAAUUGAGGCCAGGGAAAGGCACCAACCACACAGAAUGUGAACUGACCAAUGCUUAGAUAUACAUUAUCAGCACACCUCUUCUUAUACCUAACUUAUACCAGUUUUGCACCAGUUUGCUUGUCAUAGCUAUGGAUGGUGUGGGGUGCAAAAUUCAGUUCUGUUCACGUCUAAAAGCGAAUCAACUUAAUUUGCACUAUCUGAAACAAUACGCAAACGGAAACGCAGCCAUCCUGGGAUACCCUGACUUCUCCGUUUACGGUGGAAAGCGGUCUUCCGAAACUGAAACUAAAUAAAUAGAUAAAUAAAUUUUAUAGGCUCAAGGAGGCUUACAAUACAACAUUCAAAAAGAACAAUUGAACAGCAAAACAUAUUAAAAGUUCAAACGAACUGACAGAGAAACGGUGCGGUGUCUCCACUGAGGCUUAAAUUUAUGCACCAGGGGUACAUACAAUGUAAACUUUCACCAGUUUUGCACCAGUUUGAUUGCAAUAGCUGUUGCGGGGGGAGAAACUCAAUUCAGUUUGCAUUUAAAGGCAAACCAACCAAAUUUGCACUUUCCAAAACAAUAGACAAACCAAAACACGGUUGUCCCUUGAAAUUUGCACUUCUAGGAAUUUUGCAAUUCAGUUUUUCAGCUAAGUAAUGUGUACAUCCCCCAAAAAACAAACAAACCUGGGAGUAAACUAUACCUAAAAAUGCAUAUAUUGGUGAAAAUAACACACAAAUUUUUUUGGGGGGGGGACUGCGUUGCAAAAAUGUGUAAAUUAAGCAAAAAUGUGUACCCAAAAACGUGUGUAUUAGAAAACAUUCCCUCCUCCCAACAAAUCGCAAACUAGUUUGGAAAUGUGAACAACUUAAUUUAAGAUUUGGAAAAAAUGAGAAACCGAGAGAAACCAAAAUCAAUAGAUUGGCCCAUCCCUAGUCAAAGCUCCCUGGUCUCCCACUUCCUGGAAUCAUUGUUUUGUGGGGAUAUAAUGCAUUCUCUAUUUUAAAAAUAUUUGACACGUUGGUCCUGAACUAGUCAGCGCCGAUGGGCUACUGGAGGAGAAACUGAUGGGAUGCCCUGCUUAGGCUGUUGAUCUCCAGCUCCCCUCUGCCCCAGCCACCGUAGUCAAUGGAGAGGGACGGUGGGAAUUGUAGCCCCAUAACACCAGGAGGGCACCACUUUGGCCAUCCUUGAAUCAAAGGCAGGUCACAAGAACAGCCUGACUGCCAUGCAGUAAAAAUAAUAAUAAUCAUGAUUGGGAAAUGCAUUUUUCAGCUGAAGCAGGUGUGAAAAACCUUUGGUCCUCUAUAUGCUGCUGAACUACAACUCCCAUCAGCCUGAGCAAGCAUGGCCAGUGUCCUGGGAUGAUGGGAGUAAUAGUUUAGGGCCAAGGGUUCCCCACACCUAGGCUACAGGCUGGCCCUGAGUCUGAAAGGGUUAAGAUUACAGCCAUGUCUGCACACAUAGGACUACAGUUCCCAGAAUUCCUUGAGGGCACGACCAUUAAAGCUAUUUAAGGAGCCUAUGUAUGUUCACUAGUGACAACCGCACUAACUAGCUGAAGAACUGGAACUUACUUUGAAAUCAAUAUAAAUGGCUGUAUUCCCAAUUAGUGCAGGUCUUAGUGCUGUUAAGUGUUCACGCAGUAGGAAGUGGUGAGUCCAUGGAGGAACCUAGACACAUAUAAAAAACAUUUAUGAAAAAUGCUUUUUCUUGAAAAAUGUUUUGAAAAAAUAUAUUGAAUUUAGCAUAGCUCACCAUCGCCAUCUAGUGUCCCAUUUGUAUAAUGCACUUUACAACACACUUAAAACGUUUUAUUCGCAGCUGUGUAGCUGAGUCCCAUGUCUAACCAGUCUCCGUUUGUAUGUGCUAGAAAGGGCCAUAGCUCAGUGACAGAGAAUGUGUCUUACGUGCAAGAAGUUCUCAGAUUUAACCUCUGGCAUCUCCAGGUAGGUCUGGGAGAGACCUGAAAUCCCAGAAAGGCGCUAUCAGUCGGUCUAGACAACACUGAGCUAUAUGGACCAAUGGCCUGCCUCAGGAUAAGGCGCCAUUUUGUGUCUCCUCUGAUUCCUUUCGAAAUUGAGAUUUAUUUCGCUGCCCUCCCCUUGACCCAGCAGACCACUCUGAAACACUGCUUGUUGAACAAAAACAACAACAAAAAGAAAAGGCAGGUGAGGACAGGGUGAAAAGGAGAUAGAAUCAAAACCUAUUUAUUGAGUGUAUUCUUUAUUUUUUUAAAAAAACAGCUUGUAUGAUUGGUUGUAUUUUGGGUUGUUGUUGUUCUUUUUAAAAAAAGAAAAUAAGAAAGGGUGAAAUGUUAGCUGCUGCUUGGGUGGGUGCCAGGCGGAACGGAAGGGGUUGUUCCUCUGGGAAUUAAUUUCUAAAUGUAUAUCACAGUAAAUAUUUGUAAAGAAGAAGAAAAGAAUCUUUAAGUAAAUUAUUGCUUUUUAAACUAUAUGUUAUAUAAUUGUACAGUCCGGUCUCAGAGACUAGAAUAAUAUAUACAUAUGUAUUUUUUAAAAAACGACACUGCUGCAUAGAUCAAUCUGAAAUGAUUGGUAGGUAAAGCCAUGCAGAGCUAGCAAAUAGCAAGAUUAUUUUUCCGUUCUCUCUCAGUCCUGCUCCAUAUUCUCCUCCCUUGGUAAAUACCUAGCUCUGGAGAAUAAUGUUAUAUAAAAUGUAUAGCUCUAGAAACUGAAUGUGCUGUUAUAUAAUGUACAAUAAUAACAACAAUAAUAAUAAUAUAUAUUUUUUGCCUACUUCCGAGUGUGACAGUGGAUCAUUUUCUCGAUGCCGCCAGGAUGCAAGCUAAGAAUUAACCCAACAGUUUCUGUUUAAGAAGUUGAGAAAAAGCUUUUGAGUAAGUUACAGUUGCCACCUUUCCGCUGCCCACUUUGCUCCUGUGCCUAUAUGAGCACAACAUUUUAAAUUGGGGUUCAGCAAACUUUUUCAGCAGGGAGCCAGUCCACUGUCCCUCACAUCUUGGGGGGGCAGACUAUAUUUUGAAGGGGGGGAAGAACGAAUUCCUAUGCCCCACAAAUAACCCAGAGAUGCAUUUUAAAUAAAAGCACACAUUCUACUCAUGUAAAAACACACUGAAUCCUGGACUGUCCGCAGGCCAGAUUUAGAAGGCGAUUGGGCCAGAUCUGGCCCCUGGGCCUUAGUUUGCCUACCCAUGUUUUAAAUUCUCCACACCAGGAAAUGUUUACCUGUUCAAUUUCUGCAUUACUGAAGUGUUGUUGAAGGCAGGAGAAGAGCAAGACCAGGAGCGGAGACUGGCACUGCCAGGCAGCUGCCAAACUUCACCAUCAGGGAGGGGUGAGAAAAAAUUGGUGUGGUUCAGCUUUUACCUAAUUUGCACUUUCUGAAAGAAUAUGUGAACUGAAGCACAGCUAUCCUUGAAACCCGCACUUCUCUAACAAAUUUAUCCAAUGCUGAUCCUACUCGGAGUCUUCUUCUUUGGCGAUCCCUCUUAGCCAAGUAAGAUUGUCUUCCAUGAACUCAUUUUAACAAUGAGUCCGUAAGUGACUGUGGAGGCCAGUUCUGGAUCCACACGUACUUCUACAGUGGGGACAUUGGUUUCCAGGUGGGAGUUUAUCACGGCGUGGUCUACUUGGAGUAGACCUGCUGAAGUUAAUGGAUCUGCUUACUCUCCAGGUGGUGCAACGGGUCAGUGCAUCUGGCUGUUAACCAGAAGGCUGGUGGUUUGAGUUCACCCAGGGAAAGUUUAGGCCAGGAUUCCUGCAUUGAGAGGGUUAGACUCGUUGACCUUCAAGGUCCCUUCCAACUCUACAAUUCUAUGAUUUUAUGAACAACUUAGGUUGAUUAAUACUUCUCCUCUUGAGUGGACCCUCGUUGGAUAGAACCUGAUAGGCACAAAAAAUGCAUGUCCUUGGAGAACAUGUGCAUAAGAACUUAUCUAUUUGUGAAAAUAUAACUACAGUGGUACCCUGGUUCUCAAACGCCUUGGUACUCAAACAGCUUGGAACCCAAACACCUCAAAUCCGGAAGUAAGUGUUCCCGUUUGCGAACUUUUUUCGGAAGCCGAACGUGCUCCGUUUUCAGUGUUACGCUUCCAAUUUGAGUGCCACACUUCCGUUUUGAGUGUUACGCUGAGGUCUGUCUGUUUUUGCUGUUUAUUUUGCGUUUUUUGUUUUUGCGGCUUUUUUGUUUUGUUUUUGUGACUGUGUGGAACCCAUUUCAGCUGCUGAUUGAUUGAUUGAUUGAUUGAGUGGCUGCAGUACAUUGUUUAUCGCUUUCAUUUUAUGGAUCAGUGGUCUCAUUUGAUAGUAAAAUUCAUGUUAAAUUGCUGCUUUAGGAGUUGUCUUUAAAAGUCUGGAACGGAUUAAUCCGUUUUGCAUUACUUUCUAUUGGAAAGCGCGCCUCGGUUUUGGAACACUUUGAUUUUGGAACGGACUUCCGGAACGGAUUAAGUUUGAGAACCCAAGGUACCACUGUAAUAAUAUACAUUGCUUAUGGAGAAAUUGCUUGUCAAAACAGGUAAGCCAAAAUUACAUCAUAAAACGUGUAUUUUAGGAGAAAGGCGCACUAAAAUCCUGACAACUGCCACACUUUUAAAGGGGGCAAACUCACUCAUGGGAUUCUCUUGCCCUAUGGGUCUGCCAUGCAGGUACUCCAUUUGAGCAGGUGUGUCCCACCGAUGAAGGUCCUCCCUGGUACUUGGUGACAAAACCAUCUUUCCCCUCUGCCUCCAGCUCCAAUGCCAACUCCUCCUGUUCAGGCCCUCCAUCUAGCUGGGUGCCAGCUCCUCCUCCUCCCUUCUCAACCUGGGAACACCCAAACUAUGCCAAAUCCUGACACCUGAGGGGCCCAUAACAGUUUCCAUUAGCCCAAUGGUCAGGGUCAGUGGUGGCUUGUGCCCAUUGGGACUGGUGGGCAAAAAGACGAGAAGCCAAUGGGAGGUGGAGUCACAGCCAAGAACAGGUAGUCACAACAAGGUUGUGAGAAGGCAACGUCUUCUAUUCCGCCUUGUAUUUGCCACGUUGCACUGCGUUUCCGUUCUACUGCGGUCUGUCUUGUGCCAAAAACAACAUAAUUCCUAUUGCCAUCUGCUGCGGCGAAACCAGGUAACUGACGUUUUGUGCUUAUUGUCAUUACAUCAUUCCACCCCAUUCAUUUCAACACAAAGGAAACACAAGGCAAAUGGCCGGGAGGAGAAAUGUAAUAAAUUGCAUAUGGCUUGUGGACAGAAAGCAACAACAACAGCAAAUGCAAAUAGUGCUCACUGGAUUGUGUUCUUUUCCAGACAUGGGACAAAUAAGCCAACAUUGGCGAUUUCUGUUCCCGUUUCGUUUUUCUUCGAAAUUUUCCAGCAUCCCUAAGUCAGAGCCAAUGAUAGCCAUUGUCUUUUGUACUUUGUCUCCACCCUCCUCCCAGCUGACAUCUACAAGGGAAAUGUUAAAACUAAGGAGGAGAAUCCUGGACCAAUGUGGUGUAGUGGUUAAGAGCGGUGGACUCGUAAUCUGGUGAACCGGGUUCGCAUCUCCGCUCCUCCACAUGCAGCUGCUGAGUGACCUUGGGCCAGUCACACUUCUCUGAAGUCUGGGGAGGAAGGGAAAGGAGAAUGUUAGCCGCUUUGAGACUCCUUCGGGUAGUGAUAAAGCAGGAUAUCAAAUCCAAACUCCUCCUCCUCCUCCUCCUCUUCUUCUUCUUCUUCUUCUUCUUCUUCUUCUUCUUCUUCUUCUUCUUGGAACUGUAGUUUGUUAAGGUCUUAUUCACACUAAAUGUUUAAAGCGGUUAUGGCACACACAUACGCCCCAAAUCCUGGAAACUAUAGUUUGUUAAGAGGGCCGAGAAUUGUUAGGAGAUCCCUAUUUCCCCUCACAGAGCUACAAUUCCCAGAGUUCCCUAGGAAGAGGAAUUGAUUAUUAAACCACUCUGGGAAUUGUAGUUCUGUGGGGGGGAAAUAGGGAAAGAAGGGAGACCAAGAGGCAGAGAUGAGUCCGGCUGGUGAAGAAGCAUGGGUGUCUCCCCUUCCUGCGGCGAAAAGCUCCCUUCCCCUCUGGUCUCCCAGGACCAGGAGAGGCAUGAAGAGGGAGGAGCAAAGGCAGGCACACAGGCACAGUCUCAGAUUGCUUGGGGUAAACCCUGGAAAGACUUCAGCAGCUAUGAGAAGGUGGGGACCUUCAGUCUCCCCAACUGCUCCAUAGAUGCAAGAAGAGUUGCUGGACUCAUUAGGCCAGCCACUCCUGAACAGAUCUUGUUGCCCCCCAAUAAAGAGUUAACUGCACUCACUCCGUGUGAUUUACUGCUGGCUCGCCCCUGACAAAGAAUCUGCAGAGGGAGGGGGAAGGUUUAUAAGGAGGUGUGGAGAGUUUUGUUUACUUAUAUGUGUGUCUUGAGUGGGACUGGAGUGUGAUGUGUAUUCCUUUGCUUGCUUGCUAGAAUCCUCGAUUUCUUCCUGCCUUUCUCCCCCAAGACUCUCUCUUCCUUUCUUUGGAUCCCCACCCCCGCCCAGCAUCUCCCCUCCCCUCCCAUUUAUCAAAUCUGAAUGCUAAAAAGCACACUCCAAACCCUUUCCACAUUCCCUUGGGUUUAAGCAUGUGUGUGUUUUAUUUGCAGUGCCUAUAUGCUAAAGUGUAUAGUCUUCGGAAAGUAUUCACCCAACAUAUUUUUGAUAAUGCUGCAUAUUGCAUCUCAGUUUUAAUUUACAGUUUUAACUGUUUUGCUUUGCUUUGCUUUGCUUUGGGAAACAAAGAGAGAACCAUUUUGGGAGGUGAUAUAAAUGCAGUUAAUAAAUUAACCCCACCUACCUGGAAGUUAGCUCCACUGAAUACAUUCAGAUUUGCUCAGAGCAGAAACAGCCACCAGACCCAAGAGAAAAGCCCUGUUCAUGUUGCUACCUUCCCUUGAUCAGGUAUUCUGUGUAGAACCAUUUUUUUAAAAUGCAAGUUUGGUUUUCUUUUGUGGUUCUCUGCAAUUAUAUGAUUCUGUGAUUUCUCAUUCACAUUUUAUUCUCACAACCCUAAGACAUAGGCUGACAGUGAAUAGCUCAAGGUCUCCUAGGAAGCUUCAUAGAUGAGGUUUUUAAGCAUAGGAUUAUUAUUAUUAUUAUUAUUAUUAUUAUUAUUAUUGCUAUUGCCAUCUGUCAUGGAUGCUAUAGCUGAGAUUCCUGCAUUGCAAGGGGUUAGACCAGAUGACCUGUUGAUCUCUUGCAACUCUAAUAAUAAUAAUAAUAUCAAAAUAAUACUGAGUGCUGUUUUUCUGUGGGGACGCAGGACUCCGCACACCCCUAAAUUUUUUUUUGAAUCUUUGUACUUUUGUCCAUUUACUGUAUUUAUUUUUCUCGAUUUGAACUAUAAAAUGGUGAUUUUCUUGAGUCAAAAUGAGAGUACCCCUAAACAUUUGUUUAAAGGAAAAAAGCACUGAUAAUAAUAAUUUAUUAUUUAUACCCCACCCAUCUGACUGGGUUAAUAACAAGCCACUCUGGGCGGUUCCCAACAGAAUAUUAAAAACACGAUAAAACAGUAAACAUUAAAAACUUCCCUGAACAGGGCUGCCUUCAGAUGUCUUCUAAAAGUCAGAGAGUUGUUUCCACAGGUCCAGCGCCACUACCGAAAAGGCCCUCUGCCUGGUUCCCUGUAGCCUCACUUCUUGCAGGGAGGGAACUGCCAGAAGGCCCUUGGCGCUGGACCUCAGUGUCCAGGCAGAACGAUGAAGGUGGAGACGCUCCUUCAGGUAUACUGGGCUGAGGCCAUUUAGGGCUUUAAAGGUCAGCACCUUUAAAUUGAAUUGUGCUCAGAAACGUACUGAGAACCAACGUAAAUCUUUCAGGACCAGUAUUUCAGAAGAAUAGUGUCCAGAUCAAGGGAAUAUUUGCACCCCGGCGCCGCAUCUGCUAAAGAUGGCUCUGCUGUAGAGACAAACUGCCUCCUCCUCCCCUUAUUACAGAAUGUUUGCUUUCAGAACCUCUUCAUGCCCCCUUAACCUUUCCAGAGUCCCUGCCUGCCUUGACCUUCAAGCCUUUUGUAGGCAUUUAAUUCAAAGCCGCCUUCUUGCUCUUUAAUAAGGCAGAAAAAACUCCUUUGUACAUAUUGUUACAAAAGUCGGGUGCCUCCCCCUCUCUCUGCCGAGCGGUGGCAGGAGCCCAGAGGGUUCCAGGCACUCACUCCAGGGUCUGUGUUCCUUUGGAGAAUUAAGAUACGGCGGAGACUGUCGUGGCUUUAAGAAAUAUGGUUUAUUCACCUAUUUACACCUUCAAUCUGCACGGAAGGAGUCCAGAUCUUACAGCAUGGUCAUUUCAAGAGGAGCUUGUCCCUCACAGCAGUGCAGCCAGCCUUCGGCCAGCCUGCCCAAGAUGGAUCCCACUCUUUUCUCUCCUUUCUUCCCAGCAACCCUUGCUCAAGACUCUCUUUUCCAGUCACCUCAUGUCCAGUUACCCUGACAUCCUUCCAAACUCCUGUCUCUGUUCACACCUCAAGGCAGGAGGAAGAACAGUUCUCUUGCAUUGCCAAUGGCCCUCAGUGGCCCUCAAUUGUUUCUUAUUGGCCCUAGCUAUGUUUUGCACAGGCUAGCCCAGGAAUUCCUCGGGAGCUUGUUUUCCCCCUUCAUAUCCCAAAUAAUCAAAAUUCUAUCAUUUAUUAAUUUCUAGGGUCUUUUUUUGGGGGGGGGAGGCUCCAAAUCUAUAACAAGAUUAACCCCCCACCCUAGUUCUCUCCCCAAGCUGAAAGACCAAACAAGAUUUAUUUCCCCCCUUGUUUUCCUAGGACUUCAGGAAGAGGCAAUCUGAGCCAGGUUGGGAAGCGGUUGUUGGAAAGGCUUGUGCAUUUUUUUCAGAACCAGUUGUGCAAUCAUCGCAUUUAAUAACCAGUGUAAAAUGGCCCUCCUGAGAUUUGACCCAUAGUAGGAUGAAGCGUCAGUUCAGAAAGGGCAAGGGACAGGCUGAAGGAGAAAUUCAGUGCAGUUUGCGUUUAAAGACAAACCUACCUAAUUUGUAGUUCCCCAAACGGUAUGAAACACAGCUGCCCUUUGAAAUUCACACUUUUCCCAAUUUUGCAGUGCAGUUUGCCCGUCAUGUGUACAGAAAUGCAUGUAGCAGGACAAAGUACAGUGGUACCUCAGGUUAAGUACUUAAUUCGUUCUGGAGGUCUGUACUUAACCUGAAACUGUUCUUAACCUGAAGCACUACUUUAGCUAAUGGGGCCUCCUGCUGCCGCCGCGCCACCGGAGCAUGAUUUCUGUUCUCCACCUGAAGCAAAGUUCUUAACCUGAAGCACUAUUUCUGGGUUAGCGAAGUAUGUAACCUGAAGCGUAUAUAACCUGAAGCAUAUGUAAUCUGAGGUACCACUGUAGCAGGACAAAGUACACAUAAAAAUGUUUGUAUAUUUGUGUGGGGGGGGGGGGUAAAUAACAAAUUGCUCCCUUUCCCUUAUAGAGUAUCCAAGAGCCUGUAUAGAGUCCUUUAUUGGGUUCCCUAUUGGUAGGAGAAAUAACAGAGGCC